AUUGCCUAUCUGGGAGGGGCGUGCAGCUCCAAGAGGAAGUGUGUUCUGGCCGAGGACAACGGACUCAACCUGGCCUUCACCAUAGCCCACGAGCUGGGACACAAGUACGUUUGUCUGUCUAAGGGAGCACUUGUCUAUCCUGAGCAAAGGAAGUGAAUGGGCAAGUUUCCCCUAGGUACAGAUCUAGGAUCAGCUUCCCCUCCCCCAAUCCUAACCUUAACCAUUAGUGGGGGAAAUGCAAAACUGACCCAAGACCAGCGUCUAGGGGCAACUUCACCCUCCUCAGGGGAACCAAUAGGGAAGUUUAACAUUGGAGGGCACCAUUUCUUCAGACUCCGUCUUGAUUGGAUGAAAGUGUCAGCCUCUUUUUAAGUGUUUUUGUACUGGAUAACUUCACAGUUUGAGGUAUAAUUUAUCCAUGGGCACUACUCUUUGUAUCGCUCUAUAGUUAAGAUACAAAUACGAGAGCAGUUUUAGAGUUUCAUAAAGAGAUAAUUCCAUGUAAAUGGACCACUAUUAUUAUAAUUAUUAUGGAUUUCUUUCCUAAGUGAAAGUGUAAUUACCUAGUUUUUGACAGUAGCCAUUAUAGGUAGUACUGUACGGUUCUGUUCCCAGGCACUUCAGUCUUUGACUGCUUCCCAAAUGGCACCCCAUUCCCUAUAUAGUGCAUUUCUUUAGACCAGAGCCCUAUGGGCCCUAUAGGGUAUAGGCUGCCAUUUGGGACACAGUCUUUCUCUGGUAUAAUCAGUUGCAUUGUUCCUUCUUCUCUAGCCACAGAGACUUGAGUUCAGCGUCAUCAUUUCUUCACUCAAGACAGGAUAGCACAGUGCGUGUGUGUGUGUGUGUGUGUGUGUGUGUGUGUGUGUGUGUGUGUGUGUGUGUGCGUGAGCGUGUUUGUGUGUAUAGUACUCUCAUAAAGCCCUCAUUGAUAGAGCAGUGACAGGGAGCCAACACCAAAAUGCCGGAGUAUAUUAACGUUAGCAACAGCAUUGUGGCUUUGCCAGGCCCCGAAGGAUUUAUCACACUUUUCAUCAGGCAGUAUAUCUGGGCAGCCAUGCUGAGGGUGCCAGGACCCCAGGUUUAAUGUCUGAGAGAGGUAAUGAGCUGGCAUGGAGCACGCCCCACUGGUGUCCACGUACACGCACACACACACACACCCAAGCCGCAUGCACAAACAGGAGACACACACACAUGCACGCAUACACACACGUGUAAGCAUUAAACACAUACAGACACAGAGACACACACAGACACACAUUUUAAAUACUUUAUUUGAAUCCACCAAUCAAAUUUACUAAUUUACAAAAAAAGGAUCUAAACAUUUCAAAGGCCCCUGUAUCCAUGGAACUCAAAGGUACAGGAAGCACCUCCUUCUCCAAACAGCUAGGCUGCCCACGACUGCUGAAACAGAGCAGUACCUAGCCACACACACACACACCCGUACCACACAGGGUACACACACACUCACACACACACAACUACAGUCAUGCAUGUGCACAAAACACACACUCACACACAUACACGCAAAUACACUUUACCUUGACAAGGCUCCAUUGUCCAGAGUGUGUGAAAUGCAUAUUAAAUAGAGAGUAUUGGGUUUAAGUGCCCCACUUUGUAUUUUCACAUAAAAUAUUGUAAGCUCAGGUUGGCAUGAUGGCAGGGUGUGUGUGUGUGUGUGUGUGUGUGUGUGUGUGUGUGUGUGUGUGUGUGUGUGUGUGUGUGUGUGUGUGUGUGUGUGUGUGUGUGUGUGUGUGUGUGUGUGUGUGUGUGUGUGUGUGUGUGUGUGUGUGUGUGUGUGUGUGUGUGUGUGUGUGUGUGUGUGUGUGUGUGUGUGUGCUGAUAUCAUGUUCCUGUCCUUGAUACUGUUCCAAUUCUUCAGUGUUGCAUCUUUCCUUCCUUUCUACCUGGUAAUCUGAUUCAAACGACUAUAGGAUGUCUUAUUGCACUGCACUGCUGUUCCCAAUCCAGUUUUGUCUUAUCAGUGACCAUGCACUUAGUCAACAAACUUCAGCUAAUGAUUUUGGUAAUGUACUACAGUGGGCUAAAUCAGGGUCACACAGAGUGUUUCUUGGUAGUCUUAAACAAAUCUACUUUGAAACAAAAGUAUACACCUCACACACAUGGUUAUGGGCUUAAAAAAAGAAGACACCUGUACCAUGUCAGAUAUAGAGUUGAAAUGUAUAUAUUUUUGAGUUUGCAUCACAGAAGACUGAAAUAUAGCAAAAACGUUUGACAUACAAACACCUGAUUAAAAUUAAAUAUAAUGUUUAUGAAUGAUGAAAUUAUGAAAAAUAUUAAUAACAUUCCACCCAUGAGGCCACUAGAGGGCGAUUUGGUCUUUGACUGCAGGAAAGGGCUACAAAAAAACACAAAACAUUAAGUUUUAAAAAUACUGAACUACCACUUUGAUGAAGGUAGGAAGAGACUACAUCAAUAAGAUAAACUCUCAAUAACCAAGACAACAGUAAAACAAGGGUGAAAAACAGGAAACAUGAUUCAUGUAUCCCCUCUGUAGCUCAGUUGGUAGAGCAUGGCGUUUGCAACGCCAGGGUUGUGGGUUCGAUUCCCACGCGGGGCCAGUAUGAAAAUGUAUGCACUCACUAACUGUAAGUCGCUCUGGAUAAGAGCGUCUGCUAAAUGACUAAAAUGUAAAUGUAUGUUGGUCACGGUUGUUUUGCUUUCAAACCUUUCACAUGUGAUUCAUUUAUGAAGACAUUGUUUUACAAAGACAGAUCUAACCUGAGAAAUUAACGUUGGAACGAUUAUGCCAGAUGAGUAUGUAAAGUGAAAAUAAACCAGUGCUGUUUCAAUCCCCAUGGAAUUAGCCAUGAAAUCCAUCCUUUUACUGGGGUUAAGUGUGUACAAUGUACUCUCCUUCCUUUCACUGUCUAGUUUGUAUUCACUGUGACACAAUAGCACUUCCAGACGGUCGCAUCCUCACAGAGGCAGUGGAUAUUGAUUUGCUCGUCUCUGUUACUCCUCUUCAUGGAAGUGAGUGGGUGAAUGUGGGGCAUUUAUCGCUCCUAGUGGAAAUCAAUGUCCAAUCAACAACCCUCAAAGAACGGAUUACAUUUGUUGGUUGUCUGUAUCACUUUGGGGCUGAUUUCUGGACAAAGAUGAGGCAUAGACUAAAAAGAAAACCCAUUGGAUAAUUUCAAUUGAAAAUGCUUUUUAGUCCAGGAUUAGGUGUAAUCUGUGCCCAUGAAACCGCCCCUUUGAGUGUAGAUGUGGUUAAAGCUGCAAUAUGUUACUUUUUGGGCGACCCGACAAAAUUCACAUAGAAAUAUGUGAAAUAUGUCAUUUUGAUUGAAGGCAGUGUAAGAAGUGGUAGAUCUGUUCUAUGUGCGCUAUUUCUAUGCUUCCCGUUUUAUUAAGUUUCAUUUUUGCGUCUUUUACUUUCGAUUUUGUACACCAGCUUCAAACAGCUGAAAAUACAAUAUUUUUGGUUAUGGGAAAUAUAUUUCACAGCGGUUUAGAUGGUACAAUGAUUCUCUACACUAUACUUGCUUGAGAAUUUUGGCGGAGGAUUUCUACAUAGUGCACCUUUAAAACCUAUGACCAAUACUUUGGUAAACAGUUAGGUUUUUCAUCUCCAAGACUUAAUACAGUUCACUCCUGGGUCAAUAGGGCAUACAAACGUUUUUAAACGUUUUGCAACAGUUAACGAAAAUUUGUCCAGGUAGUUCCUCCCUGUUUCCGUGCGAUUUCUUCAGUUUGGUGCCUAAUGAACACAACCUGAUGUGUUUGCUCUCCCUGUUGUAAAUGUGUGCACUAAACCAGAGCCUACAGAGAUCUGGAGAAAGACCAAAUGAACAUAUUUUGGACUGGCUAAUUGAAUUGCACUUCAACCCAGUUUGCAGUUCCCCAAUGUAUUGGGUGCUUCGGGGUAAAGUUUCCCCUAGGAACAGAUCUAGGAUCAGCUUCCCCUCCCCCAAUCCUAACCUUAACCAUUACUGGGGGAAAUGCUAAAACUGACCCAGGAUCAGCAUCUAGAGGAAACUUCACCCUAUUCUGUAUCCAGCAGCAGACCAUUUUGAGUAGCAGGACGGACUCAGACCAGCUGUGGUCAUCUUAGUUUCAGUGUGACUGAUCUCUUCUCCUCUUUUUGUUGUUGUAGUGGGCAUGGAGGAAUAUGGCUCUCAGUAUGUCAUUGUAUAUAUUUAAAUUAAAGCCAGGAACAAAGGGUGUGCAUUGGGAGUCCACAGUCCACUCAAUGGUUUUUGUUAGUUUCUGAGGCGCUGCCGGGAGUUCAGGCCGGGUUGUUGUUUUUAGUUAGCAAAAUGUAGGUCACGGCUUUAGAGGAAACACAGUCACACACACACACACACACACACACACACACACACACACACACACAUAUCCUUACUGUAGUAUAGCAGUACACUAGAGAUUCUUCCCUGUUGAAGUUUCCCUGAGGCCCUGACCUUAGCCAGUGAAUAUGUAACAGGUGUGUUAGGAUGGGCUGCAGUUGUGUAGAGGUAUUUAAACAUGUUCAAAGUAUGUAAUAGUGUCUGUUGCAAGAGUGUAUGUUGUGUGUAAAGUUAUGUGUUGCAGAGAUACAAAGGUGUGUGUGUGUGUGUGUAAAGUUAUGUGUUGCAGAGAUACAAAGGUGUGUGUGUGUGCGUGUGUGUACACUUUGUACUAUACUUGUGAGUAUCAAAAGUCCUCACAAGAAUACUAAACCAACAAAAAAAUUCAGAGAAGUGAGGUCCUCACUUGUAAAAAGUGUAAAAAGUUUCCGGUCCUCACUUGUAAAAAGUUUGAAAAAAGAUUUAGGCUUAGGGUUUAGGUUUAGGGUUAGGUUUAAGAGGGUUUCUGUUUGUGCUGGUGCCAAACGUUGGGCCUAUUGCAACUUUCUGUUCUGUCUGUAUAUAGAAGUCAGUCUGGAGAAGGUGGGAGAACAUUGGGCGGGUUUUUGCCUGAGGGAUCAAUGAUAUGAAAUCAAAUGAAAUCAAAUGUUAUUGGUCGCAUACACAUAUUUAGCAGAUGUUAUUGCGGGUGUAGCGAAAUGCUUGUGUUCUUAGCUCCAACAUUGCAGUAAUAUCUAACAAUUCACAACAAUACACACAAAUCUAAAAGUAAAAGAAUGGAAUUAAGAAAUAUAUAAAAUAAUAUAUAUAUAUAAUAAAAGGCAGCGAGCUCAGAGGGGUCACACACGACGGAUCAACAGGAAGAGGAAGACGAGGGUUGAUGAAGUGCUGAAGGUAAACAAGUUAAAAAAGAUUAGUAAUAAAGUAUGCAAGCUGUGAUCAAUACACUAAUAGAUCAAUACACUAAUAGAUCAAUACACUAAUAUAUCAAUACACUAAUAGAUCAAUACACUAAUAGAUCAAUACACUAAUAGAUCCAUACACUAAUAUUAAUUGAGUAAGUAAAUAAUAUAAUAAAUCCCACCAAGGGAUGAAGGGAAAAUGGCUGCAGAAAGAUGUGCAAUGUUAAAGUGCUUAAUAUAAGAACAUUUAAUAACUAUAAAAGACGAAACCAGACAGGGCAAAUAAAUACAUCCUCCUGGUGUUGGUGGCCCCUCUGGCUCUCCUAAUUAGGCCCUCACCAACCCCCACAGUCAAGGCUGUAUACUAUUCUUUAAGCUAUAAAGAUAAAGGGAGUCGCACACUCUAUAUAUAUAAACUCGCAGUAAGUUAUUGGGUGAAACACCAGUGAUGCCGAAACGUUGGUGUUUUACCCGAUAAAUUACUGGGAGUUUGUAUAUAGAGUGUGCGACUCUCUUUAUUUUUAUAGCUUACAGUUUAUUCGCCAUUAGUCAGCACCUCUUCACUAAAUCAUUUUCUCUGGGUGCGCUCAUGCUUUUUGUAUACUAUUCUUUACCAUUCAAGCCAAGUGGAGCCAAGGUCCUUUCCACCUGGAUUCAGCUGCUCUUCUCUGGCCUAAGGUCCAGGAGGCUUUCGUCUCCAGACCGCUGAUGUGGAGGGAGGUUGUGGGUUUGAAAGUGUUGGACCAGGUGUGUUUGUAGUGUGUUUGUUUCAGUUGUGUAGAGGUGUUGUUUGAGGCGUGUCAAGACGGUGUGGCUGGUUUCUCCUAUAUUAGGGUUAGGGUUAAGGUUAGGUUUUCGGGUUAAGGUUAGGGUUAGGUUUAGGGUUAGGGGUUAGGCAAAAUAGGAUUUUGAAUGGGACUGAAUUGUGUGUCCCCACAAGGUUAGUUAUACAAGACUGUGUGUGUCUAUGGGCAUAUCAUGGUGUGUGUGUGUUUCCCUCUCUAGCAUGGGGAUGAGCCACGAUGACGACCACGCUACCUGUACAGGCCACUCCCACAUCAUGUCUGGCGAAUGGGUGAAGGGCCGUAAUCCCAGCGACCUAUCAUGGUCCCCCUGCAGCCGUGACGACCUUGAGAAAUUCCUCAGGUGAGACACACACACACACACACACACACACACACACACACACACACACACACACACUCACUCUAGGUUACUAAGUGGAGCAUAGCGCUAUUAUGAGAGUGGAAAAUGUGACUCAGUUCACUGGCCUAAAGGGUCCAGUUUUCCACUGUCAGAUUGGACACAUACACUGACACACGCGCAUGUUCACAUACACACACGCAUGCACACAAUCACUCACACACACUCACACACACAAUCAUUCAUACAUACACACAUACACACACACACACACAAUCAUUCAUACACACACAAUCAUUCAUACACACACACACACACACACACACACACACAAUCACUAUAUGUCCCUCCGCCCCACACACACACUUCCUUGAAUAAAUGACCUCUCGAGCCUUCCAGUCAUUAUUCUAUAGACUUUGAUAAGGUCUUUAUAAUCAGUCACUCACAGUGAUGGAACUUACUGUGUUCCAGCACUUACCGCUGUCAGGCAGUUUAAUGAAGUUGAAUGGCGUCUCCUACUCAGUGCAUUCAUCACAACUCUAUGAGAUGGCAUCGGCUUUUAUCUAUGGGCUGCUGUUACCUUGGAGCUAUUAUCAUAGUGAUGGCUUGAUUUAUAUAGCAAACAAUGGAUCUGAUUAACGGUGACUCUGGAGCAUGGACUAGAAAUUGAGUUUAUUGGCUGUCCGGCGCUCUGAAAUCAGUCCCUUGACAUCGGACCAUUAUUAUAUAUAACAGAAGUGUUCAUGUUCAUACUGUUAGUGCAGGGGUGGAACAAAAGCCAUACUGCUGCGCUCCAGGACCAGAGUUGCCCAACCCCUUUCAGCAGACCUGGGUUGUGAAAGGUGAAUGUCAAAUGAAGCUUUACCCAUGCACACGUUGCAGGCAUCAAUAUAACAUUUAAGGAUUUCUCUUUCCAAUGCCACAGUGUUAUCAAAACCCCAUAUUCCAAGUCCAGGCACAGACAGUCUCCUUGCUGGAUCCAUAGUGUAUGUUCCUCUGGGACUGUGUCACAAAUGGCAACCUAUUCCCUAUAUAGUGCACUACUUUUGGGGCCCAUAGGGUAAAGUUGUUUAGUCUGUGUUUUCUGGAUUAUGUAUGGUAGUGUGUGUGUGUGUGUGUUUCUGUGUGUGUGUGUGUGUGUGUGUGUGGGUGUGGGUGUGUGUGUGCGUGUGCUCUACUGGAUACCUUCUCUGCUGUGUGUUCUCUAUGGAUCUCUAAGAUAAAGUCUUACUGGCGAGUCCCAGCUUUGUGCUCUACAGAGACAGAUACUGAGGACCAUCAUACAAUACUACAUUACAAUGGUAACCAGGGUUUGGGUCAUCAUUUACUCAAUGUGUAACUUGAUAAACCAUCCAACUACAGUUUAUCACUGCUAGGACAUACUGUCAACUCUGCUCUUUAAAUGUCCUUUUGUGUGUGUGUGUGCGUGUGUGUGCGUGUGUGUGCGUGUGUGUGUGCAUGUGUGUGUGCGUGUGUGUGUGUGUGUGUGUGCGUGCGUGCGUGCGCGCGUGUGUGUGUGCGUGUGUGUGUGUGUGAGUGUGUGUGCGUGUGUGUGUGUGUGUGUGUGUGCGUGUGACAGGUCCAAAGGCAGCAGCUGCCUGCUCCACACAGACCCCAGAAGCCGCUACCAGGUCCGGCUGCCACCCAAGCUGCCAGGCAUGCACUACAGUGCAGACGAACAGUGUCAGAUCCUCUUUGGAACCAACGCCACCUUCUGCAAUGAUAUGGAGGUACACACACAUGUGCGUAUGCACACACACACGGAUCUAUUGACAGUAGCUGUGUAGUAGUCGUGUGUUUAGACCUAGUGUAGUGUGGACUCUAUCAAAUCAAAUCAGAUUUUGUUGGUCGCGUACACAGAUCAUGGCCAUGAAUUAAUUAAGGUGUGCCAAUGGGGUCAUGAUGAGCAGAGAUGAUUGAUUGUGAAAGAUAUUCUCAGUCCCCUGUGAUGUAAUACCGUUCGUCCUCUGGGCUAUUCUCCUCUUACCUGCUGUCUUCCUAAUUGAUUUACCAACUCACACACUCCUCUUUGAUCUCUCUCUCUCUCUCUCUCUCUCUCUCUCUCUCUCUCUCCUCCUCCCUUUCUCAUACCCUCUCUAUCCCGGGGCGUCCUCCCGGUACUUUUAAGGGUUGCUAGGGAGACCUGGCCAAAAUAUCUCCCCAGAUUGACAGGUGCUGACAGUCCAGUUUGGUUUCACACACCAGGUUCAUAUGUAGUUCAUCAUCACUGCUACCGCUGCAGUGAUUCCUCUACAUGAAAUACAUCACAUUUCGUGUUUAGGUAGACCCCCCCCCAAACACCAAUACUACAAGGUAUUUUGUGAACGUAAAUUCACAAAUAAACAUAUUGUUUUUUUUUUAAUUUUCAGUUUAGAUUUGAAUACAGUCUGGUUUCCCAAAUGUUUGCUGUCCAUCUCCCAGUCCACCAUUCAAAGCAAAGCGGACUAUAACUGUGGAGCUUCUGACCACUGUUUCCACUCAACACCGUCCCAGCCAGAGCCUGUUAAGGGGAUGUAAUGGCAGCUUUCACACCCUGCCAAGACGUAUGUCCUGUCGUCUAGACUUCCUGAUCCUACAGACACCCAGAGGACGCAUACACACACACACACACACACACACACACACACACACACACACACACACACACACACACACACACACACACAGACACAAUAAAUGGAUGUCAGAACAAAGACAGAUUGUUCUACAGCAGGGGUCAAAGCAGAGAGGAGAUGGAAGUGCGUCUGAUCAUAAUGGUUUAAUGGUCGCUGUGACACCUCGGGAGCUUUCACCGCCAGAUUGGAAAAUGUUCUUGAACAUUGGGAGAGGAAGGGGUAGUGUGUGUGUGUGUGUGUGUGUGUGUGUGUGUGUGUGUGUGUGUGUGUGUGUAUGUGUGUGGAGAAAGAAAGCUACAUGUCUGUGAGCAAUAUGAGCCAACUACAGUGACAUUGCUGCUACUGUACUUUCUCUAGCUUUCAUUAAACAUUGUAAGCUACAGUACCUUGAGUGCAUCUGCUAAAAAUAAGCUCAGAGUCUUGUAAACUUCAUAUGCACUUGAAUGCAAUGGUUUGUACAUCAAUACUACGACAUGUAUGACCUAGAGGAAAUCGGACAUUAUCAUACUUCAGUAUUAUACAUAUACUCAGGAAGCUAUGAGUGUAGUACAUCUCUAGAUCUGCCUGUUGUUCCUGCUACAGUUUUAUGGAAGAGGAUAAAUACACACUCUUCGAAAAAAAGGCGCUAUCUAGAACCUUAAAGGGUUCUUCGGCUGUCCCCAUAGGAGAACCCUUUGAAGAGCCCUUUUUGGUUGCAGGUAGAAUCCUUUUGGUUCCAGGUAUAACCCUUUUGGGCUGCAUGUAGUACCUUUUCUACAGAGGGUUCUACAUGGAACCCAAAAGCGUUCUCCUAUGGAACCCUUUCUCUAAGAGUGCACAGACAGACAUACACACAGACAGACAUACAGACAGGCAGAUAGACAUACAGACAGACAUACACACAGACAGACAUACACACAGACAGACAGACAGGCAGAUAGACAGACAGACAGGCAGGCAGGCAGGCAGGCAGGCAGGCAGACAGGCAGGCAGGCAGGCAGACAUAUAGACAGGCAGACAGGCAGGCAGACAGGCGGGCAGGCAGGCAGGCAGGCAGGCAGGCAGGCAGGCAGGCAGGCAGGCAGACAGACAGACAGACAGACAGACAGACAGACAGACAGACAGACAGACAUACAGACAGGCAGACAGGCAGACAGGCAGGCAGGCAGGCAGACCUAAACACACACACACACACAAAUACACACUCGUUGUCGGACUAUGUUUGAUGGCAGUCCAAGUGCACAUCAACUCACAGUUACAAGGAGGACCCUCAGGGCUGGAAAAAGAACUGCAGGCAUACUUGAACUGAAGUCAUGUAACUGCAUGACAAACUUCAGUAUACCCUUUCUACUUUCUCUCUCUCUGUCUUCUCUGUAAAGAUGCCAGAGAUUCCAGGGACACAGGGUUUACUGUUAUGGCCUGAAUCUCUCCGCUGUUGGACUAUGUCUACUCCUGUCAUAAACAUACUGCAUGCCCUGUGUCAGAUACUAAACAUAUGUCUUUUCUUAUAAAGGCUGUUAUUUAAACUAUAUCCGACAAUCAUAUUUGCUCUUUUGAAAGACCAAGUGGUUGUUGUUUUGCAAGGACAGGUUUUAGUGACACAGGCUUCAUUGCGGUGUGUUUUUCAGCAGUUAAUGUGUGUGUUUGUGUGUGUGUGUGUGUAUGUGGUUUGUGUGUGUGUGUGUGUUUCAGCACCUGAUGUGCGCGGGCCUGUGGUGUUUGGUGGAAGGAGACAAAUCCUGUAAGACUAAGCUGGACCCUCCUCUGGACGGCACAGAGUGUGGAGCUGACAAGGUGUGUGUGUGUGUGUGUGUGUAUGUGUGUAUGUGUUCAACUCUGACAAGGUGUGUGUGUGUGUGUGUGUGUAUGUGUUGAACUCUGACAAGGUGUGUGUGUGUGUGUGUAUGUGUUAAACUCUGACAUGGUGUGUGUGUGUGUGUGUGUGUAUGUGUUCAACUCUUUGUCAGCAGGGAAGGACCAGCCAAAGUCGAUACAGUUUUUUGACAAUGGAAUUUACUUUUUGGGCAUUAUAUGGCAAUGGUCCUAGUUGGUCCUAGUUGGUCCAUUACCUGUGGUAUUAACUUGUGUUCCUCUCUCUCUCUCUCUCUCUCUCUCUCUCUCUCUCUCUCUCUCUCUCUCUCUCUCUCUCUCUCUCUCUCUCUCUCUCUCUCUCUCUCUCUCUCGUGUGUGUGUGUGUGUGUAUCAGUGGUGCCGGGCAGGGGAGUGUGUGGGUAAGUCCCCCAUCCCACAGCAUGUGGAUGGGGACUGGAGCAUCUGGAGUCAGUGGAGCCAGUGCAGUAGGACCUGUGGCACCGGAGCUCAGUUCAGACAGAGGAAAUGUGACAACCCACCGUAAGUCAUCCGCUUUGUGUGUGUGGGUGUGUGCGUGUGUGUGUGUGUGUGUGUGUGUGGGUGCGUGUGUGUGUGUGUGGGUGCGUGUGUGUGUGUGUGUGUGGGUGCGUGUGUGUGUGUGUGGGUGUGUGUGUGCGUACCACGUGUCCAUGUGUCUCAGUGUGUUUUAAUACUGGUUGUGUCUCUAGGCCAGGUCCCGGUGGUAGUAACUGUCAGAAGGCCAGUGUGGAACAUAAAGUGUGUGAAGGUCCUCCCUGCCCUAAAGGAACACCCAGCUUCAGAGAGCUGCAGUGUCUCUCCCAUGACCGCCAGGCCGGCAAGAAGAAGAACAGUAUAUGGACCGCAGUCAAUAAUGAUGGUAAGAGGAAGAAACGUUCUGGAGAUGCAGAAGGCAUGCAAACACACACACACACACAAACACAUGUACAUAUACACACACACACGUACAUGUAUGCAUCACACACACGCACACACACACACGUUCGUUUUACUAUCCUUGUGGGGAUCAAACAAUUUAUUCCCAUUCCAAAUCCUAUUUUCCCUAACCGCUUACUUUAAACCUAACCCUAACCUUAACCCUUAACCUUAACCUUAACCAUUAACCCUAACCUUAACCCCAAACCCCUAAACCUAACUCUAACCCCUAACCCUAAUUCUAAUUGUAACCCUAAACCUGUUGAUCUUAUCUUAGUGUACCACAAUGGGUUACUGAGUACUGUAUCUUUGUCAUUGCUUUGGCAAACGUGUUUACUUUGCAUUGCCAUGACAACAAUCAUCUGGCUAACACAGAAACAGACUGCCACUCAGGCUGGCCCCAUUGACUUCUAGCGGUUCAAUAUUCUUUGGCAAAUAGUACAUUUUCCUUGUCAUUAGCGCAUGCUUCCCAAAUGACACCCUUUUCCCUAUAUAGCUCUUUGGCCCCUGGUCAAAGUUAAGCACUAUAAAGGCAACAGGGUGCCAUUUGGGAAGCAUCCACAUUUGAGUUCCCAGCAGCUUUGAUUGAGUGGCAGCUAGAUUGAUGUCUGUUCAUGUUUUUUUUCCCAGUCAUCAAAUUUCCUCACAGACCACUCUUGCCAAAUCUGUCUGAUCAAGGUCAUGUGCAUGCAGCGUUUUAAAACGGUUUGCAACGGAAAAGGGAAAAUUUAUGUUUCUCAUUGGCCCAGGUAGUCCCUCCCUGUUUCAGUCCGUUUUUAUUCCGUUUGGUGCCUAAUGAACAUGACCCUGGUGAGAACCAUCCUGUACAAGAAGAGGUUAUAACCACAUUACACAAACCGCUGUUUACGACCCGUGUCGAUAUCACUCUGUGUGAGGCCUUUGAUCAGUGUGUUGUUAAGAUGUAUUGUCAGUGGUGUAAGAUUGUUACAGCUGUUUGACAAAAUGUCUUCAUGUGUUUAUGAACUGAGGGUUCUGUUCAUCCAGCAGGUGUUUAUUUGAGAGCUGUAAAAUGGCCUCCUUCCCUCUUUCCUCCCCCUCUUUCCCUGCCUCACUUCUUUCCCUCCCUCCCUCCCUCCCUUCUUUCCCUCCCUCCCUUCUUUCCCGCCCUCCCUCCCUUCCUCCCUCCCUCCCUACCCUCCCUCCCUCCCUCCCUCCCUCCCUCCCUUCUUUCCUUUCUCCUUCCUUCCUAUCCCAUCCCAGUAGGAUCAGUUCAGUUCAGUUUAUUUGUACACAUCCUAAUCUGAACUGAGAUCAGCAACAUUUACAGUUCAGUCAGUUCAACAUUUACAGAUGUGCUAUCUUAAUUUGACCCUGCUUCUCACAGUAGGAAAAAAAUCCAGCAGCAACAUGAAAUGGGAAUUAUUAUGUGGAUUAUAAUUAUUGGACAUUUUUGUAUACGUUUUUUUCUCAUUAUGGCACAUCAAGUCUGACAUUUUAAGGUGGAAGUUACAAACCUUAGAAGCCUUUUCAAAUCUUGAAUACACUACAAUUUGGAAAAUUCUCUGCGACAAAUGAAGAUAGCAGAUCUGCAGUAGCGGUGCGUGGGUAAAUCACCAGGGAAAUCAAUCCAGAAAAAAAAGCUAAUGUAUGAAACACAGUGAGACUAAAGAUUUUUUUACAAUUAUGUUUGUCUUGGAAAUUAUUUGGGGAAAGCCUGGCUUCCCUUGGCACCCAUAAAUACACACCACUGCAAAUCUGUAGGUAUUUCAAAUUCAUCCCAUGAAAAUAGCUCUGAGGUAUUUGCAUCUUAGACAGUCUUCCAUUUACAGUUGAAGUCGGACAUUUACAUACACUUAGGUUGGAGUCAUUAAAACUUGUUUUUCAACAACUCCACAAAUGUCUUGUUAACAAACUAUAGUAAUGGCAUGUCGGUUAGGACAUCUACUUUGUGCAUGACACAAGUAAUUUUUCCAACAAUUGUUUACAGACAGAUUAUUUCACUUAUAAUUCACUGUAUCACAAUUCCAGUGGGUCAGAAGUUUACAUACACUAAGUUGACUGUGCCUUUAAACAGCUUGGAAAAUUCCAGAAAAUGAUGUCAUGGCUUUAGAAGCUUCUGAUAGGCUAAUUGACAUAAUUUGAGUCAAUUGGAAGUGUACCUGUGGAUGUAUUUCAGUGCCUCUUUGCUUGACAUCAUGGGAAAAUGAAAAGAAAUCAGCUAAGACCUCAGAAAUAAAAUUGUAGACCUCCACAAGUCUGGUUCAUCAUUGGGAGCAAUUUCCAAACGCCUGAAGGUACCACGUUCAUCUAUACAAACAAUAGUACGCACGUAUAAACACCAUGGGACCACGCAGCCGUCAUACCGCUCAGGAAGGACACGCGUUCUGUCUCCAAGAGAUGAACGUACUUUGGUGCGAAAAGUGCAAUUAAAUCCCAGAACAACAGCAAAGGACCUUGUGAAGAUGCUGGAGGAAACAGGUACAAAAGUAUCUAUAUCCACAGUAAAAUGAGUCCUAUAUCGACAUAACCUGAAAGGCCGCUCAGCAAGGAAGAAGCCACUGCUCCAAAACCGCCAUAAAAUAGCCAGACUACGGUUUGCAACUGCACAUGGGGACAAAGAUUGUACUUUUUGGAGAAAUGUCCUCUGGUCUGAUGAAACAAAAAUAGAACUGUUUGGCCAUAAUGACCAUUGUUAUGUUUGGAGGAAAAAGGGGGUGGCUUGCACACCAUCCCAACCGUGAAGCGCGGGGGUGGCAGCAUCAUACUGUGGGGGUGCUUUGCUGCAGGUGGUACUGGUGCUCUUCACAAAAUAGAUGGCAUCAUGUGGAAGGAAAAUGAUGUGGAUAUAUUGAAGCAACAUCUCAAGACAUCAGUCAGGAAGUUCAAGCUUGGUCACAAAUGGGUCUUCCAAAUGGACAAUGACCCCAAGCAUACUUCCAAAGUUGUGGCAAAAUGGCUUAAGGACAACAAAGUAAAGGUAUUGGAGUGGCCAUCACAAAGCCCUGACCUCAAUCCUAUAGAAGAUCUGUGGUCAGAACUGAAAAAGCGUGUGAAAAAGCGUGUGUGAGCAAGGAGGCCUACAAACCUGACUCAGUUACACCAGCUCUGUCAGGUUGAAUGGGCCAAAAUUCACCAAACUUAUUGUGGGAAGCUUGUGGAAGGCUACCCGAAACGUUUGACCCAAGUUAAACAAUUUAAAGGCAAUGCUACCAAAUACUAAUUGAGUUUAUGUAAACUUCUGAUCCACUGGGAAUGUGAUGAAAGAAAUAAAAGCUGAAAUAAAUCAUUCUCUCUACUAUUAUUGUCACGAUCGUCGGGAACAGAGGACCAAUGCGCAGCGUUAUUUGCGAACAUACUUAUAUUUAUUAAUGUUACACGAACAAAACAACAAACGAUACGUGCAGUCCUACGGUACAAACACAAACCAAAACAGGAACAAGAUCCCACAAAUACUGUGGAAAAACAGACUGUUUAAAUAUGGUUCACAAUCAGAGACAACCAGCAACAGCUGACACUCGUUGCCUCUGAUUGAGAACCACUCUGGCCAACAUAGAAACACAAUAACUAGAACACCCUAGAAACACAAAACUAGAACAACACAAAGAACACUCACACCCUGGCUCAACAUACAAGCGUCCCCAGAGCCAGGGCGUGACAGUACCCCCCCCCCCAAAGGCGCGGACUCCGACCGCGCCAACAGAACACCACAGGAGAGGGACCGGGUGGGCACUCCGCCUUGGCGGCGGAUCCGGCUCCGGGCAUGAUCCCCACUCCCUCUCUAACCCCCCACAGUACCCCUGGUCCGGUCUGGCCCUGCUGGCCGGAGCUGGACUGAACACUGGUGGAGCGGAUUGCUCUAGCUCCGGCGUGGAGCAGCUGACCGGUGCCGGACCAGGCACCGGUGGAACAGGCACAAGCUGUGCCGGACUGACGACGCACACCACUGGCUUGGUGUGGGGAGCAGGAACAGGCCGAGCCGGGCUGGCGACGAGCACCAUUGGCUUGGUGCGGGGAGCAGGAACAGGCCGGGCCGGGCUGGCGACGCGCACCAUUGGCUUGGUGCGGGGAGCAGGAACAGGCCGGGCCGGGCUGGCGACGCGCACCAUAGGCUUGGUGCGGGGAGCAGGAACAGGCCGGGCCGGGCUGGCGAUGCGCACCAUUGGCUUGGUGCGGGGAGCAGGAACAGGCCGGGCCGGGCUGGCGACGCGCACCAUAGGCUUGGUGCGGGGAGCAGGAACAGGCCGGACUGGGUUGGCGACGCGCACCACAGGCUCGGUGCGAGGGACAGGAACAGGCCGGACCGUACUGGGGACACACACCACUGGCCCUACGCGGGGAUCAGGAACGGGCCGGACCGGACUGGUAACACACCCCAGUACCUCUCGCCGUGCCUCUACACUUUCCUUCCCCUUUGUGACCAGCUGCCCCUGUAACCUGGCGGCCUCCUCGGCCAACCCGCUGGACCGCUCUAUUGCGGCCUCCUGCUGCUCCGUCGUCCACGGCGUGAGCCCCCCCCUAAAAAAUUUCUGGGUGUCUCUCCUCCCCGUGGACCAGGCCUCCCUAUCUCUCGCCAGACUCUCACCUCUCUGCUCUUCACUUGGCUUGGCCCAGUCGAGACUCUUCCUCCACUGCUCCCAAGUCCACCCUCUCUGCUCUUCACUUGGCUUGGCCCAGUCGAGACUCUUCCUCCAUUGCUCCCAAGUCCACCCUCUCUGCUCUUCACUUGGCUUGACCCAGUCGAGGUUGCAACGGAGAUCCGCUAGAGAUUCCCCUGGCGAUGGCUCCUGGACACGCUGCUUGGUCCAGUUUUGGUGGGAUCUUCUGUCACGAUCGUCGGGAACAGAGGACCAAUGCGCAGCGUUAUUUGCGAACAUACUUAUAUUUAUUAAUGUUACACGAACAAAACAACAAACGAUACGUGCAGUCCUACGGUACAAACACAAACCAAAACAGGAACAAGAUCCCACAAAUACUGUGGAAAAACAGACUGUUUAAAUAUGGUUCCCAAUCAGAGACAACCAGCAACAGCUGACACUCGUUGCCUCUGAUUGAGAACCACUCUGGCCAACAUAGAAACACAAUAACUAGAACACCCUAGAAACACAAAACUAGAACAACACAAAGAACACUCACACCCUGGCUCAACAUACAAGCGUCCCCAGAGCCAGGGCGUGACAAUUAUUCUGACAUUUCACAUUCUUAAAAUAAAAGUGGUGAUCCUAACUGACCUAAGACAGGGAAUUUUUACUAGGAUUAAAUGUCAGGAAUUGUGAAAAACUGAGUUUAAAUGUAUUUGGCUAAGGUGUAUGUAAACUUCCAACUUCAACUGUACAUCUUUUCAGUUUUCACUCUGCUACAUUCCCUCGCUCUCUACUAGUCUCUCUUUCUCUGUGUGUGUGUGUGUGUGUGUGUGUGUGUGUCUGUCUGUCUACCUGUCUUUCCCUCUCUCUUGCUGUCCGUCACACACGCACGCACACACACACACACACACACACACACACACACACACACACACACACACACAGACAGAGACACCAACACGCUCUCACUACCUUGGAAACUUGGAAACCUCUAUCAAAUAACACUUUUUAGAGCAAUUGAGCCUGUGUCUCAGAAAAUGAAUCGAAAGAAGGAGAAAAUGAAAGAGGGAGGGAGAAAAUGAGAGGGGGAGGGAGAAAAUGAGAGAAGGAAAGAUGUUGUCCAGUUUUCACACAUCAUCACCACAACCUAUCAGGGAAGUCAAUCAGAGGAUAGCUCUGUGGGGGGUUGUCAGCAAACCUUUUCCUAAACACCAGGGAAAUGGUGAUGGUGGACCGUAAACCUCUUCCUAAACACCAGGGAAAUGGUGAUGGUGGACCGUAAACCUCUUCCUAAACACCAGGGAAAUGGUGAUGGUGGACCGUAAACCUCUUCCUAAACACCAGGGAAACGGUGAUGGUGGACCGUAAACCUCUUCCUAAACACCAGGGAAAUGGUGAUGGUGGACCGUAAACCUCUUCCUAAACACCAGGGAAACGGUGAUGGUGGACAGCACCUCCUGGAACGGAACGUAUCAAGAGUCUCAGUAGUGCUGAUUUUAGGAUUUGUUUUGCCUUUUAGAUCACAGUGAAUAAGAUUACAUGGACAGGGCGGACCUGAUCCUAGAUCAGCACUCCUACACGGAGACACUUGAUACAUGAGCUCCUAACGAGCUCUACUUCACAGAUUUGUUGUGGGUUAUUUGUUGUGGGUUAUUUGUGGUGGGUUAUUUGGGGAAUAUUAUUUUAAAGGGUGACUGGUCAUCCACUAAAAACGUACAGUAUGUAGCAACACCACCUGCUGCAGCUAAAUGAUCUCACACAUUUUUUAAAGAAAAUGUGGCCUUUGUCCAAAAAUGUCUAAAAACAUCACAUGUCGACGUACAUGAUGUAGUCUUUUUAGAGGUCAAUUAGUGUACAUUUGAUGAUUCAGACCCCUUCACUUUUCCCACAUUUUGUUACGUUACAGCCUUAUUCUAAAAUUGAUGUAAAAAAAAAAAAUCCCUCAUCAAUCUACACAUAAUACCCCAGAAUGACAAAGCAAAAACACGUUUUUAGAUAUUUUUUGCUAAUUUAUUACAAAUAAGAAACGGAAAAAUCACAUUUACAUAAGUAUUCAGACCCUUUACAUAAGUAUUCAGACCCUUACUUGUUGAAGCAACUUUGGCAGCGAUUACAGCCUUGAAACUUCUUGGGUAUGACGCUACAAGUGUGGCACCCCUGUAUUUGGGGAGUUUCUCCCAUUCUUCUCUGCAGAUCCUCUCAAGCUCUGUCAGGUUGGAUGGGGAGUGUCACUGCACAGCUAUUUUCAGGUGUCUCCAGAAAUGUUUGAUCGGGUUCAAGUCCGGGCUCUGGCUGAGCCACUCAAGGACAUUCAGAGACUUGUCCCGAAGCCACUCCUGCGUUGUCUUGGCUGUGGGCUUAGGGUCAUUGUCCUGUUGGAAGGUGAACCUUCACCCCAGUCUGAGGUCCUGAGCGCUCUGGAGCAGGUUUUCAUCAAGGAUCUCUCUGUACUUUGCUCUGUUCAUCUUUCCCUUGAUCCUGACUAUUCUCCCAGUCCCUGCCGCUGAAAAACCUCCCCACAGCAUGAUGCUGCCACCACCAUGCUUCACCGUAGGGAUGGUAUUGGCCAGGUGAUGAACGGUGCCUGGUUUCCUCCAGAUGUGAUGCUUGGCAUUCAGGCCAAAGACUUCAAUCUUGGUUUCAUCAGACCAGAGAAUCUUGUUUCUCAUGGUCUGAGAGUCCUUUAGGUGCCUUUUGGCAAUCUCCAAGCGGGCUGUCAUGUGCCUUUUACUGAGGAGUGGCUUCCGUCUGGCCACUCUACCAUAAAGGCCUGAAUGGUGGAGUCCUUCUGGAAGGUUCUCCCAUCUCCACAGAGGAACUCUGGAGCUCUGUUAGAGUGACCAUCGGAUUCUUGGUCACCUCUCUGACCAAGGCCUUUCUCCCCUGAUUGCUCAGUUUGGCCAGGCGGCCAGCUCUCGGAAGAGUCUUGGUGGUUACAAACCUCUUCCAUUUAAGAAUGAUGGAGGCCACUGUGUUCUUGGGGACCUUCAAUGCUGCAGACAUUUUUUGGUACCCUUCCCCAGAUCUGUGCCUCGACACAAUCCUGUCUCGGAGCUCUACGGACAAUUCCUUCGACCUCAUGGCUUGGUUUUUGCUCUGAUAUGCACUGUCAACUGUGGGACCUUAUAUAGACGGGUGUGUUCCGUUCCAAAUCAUGUCCAAUGAAUUUAAUUUACCACAGGUGGACUCCAAUCAAGUUGUAGAAACAUCUCAAGGAUGAUCAAUGGAAACAGGAUGCACGAGCUCAAUUUCGAAGUCUCAUAGCAGAGUGUCUGAAUACUUAUGUAAAUAAGGUCUUUCUGUUUCUGUAUCGAUGGCUCGCCUCUCUAACCGCUAGGCUAUUAACCCCCUGUGUGUUCUCUCUAUAGAGAAGCCGUGUGCCCUGUUCUGUUCCCCCGUGGGGAGAGAUGCCCCCAUCCUGGUGGCAGAGAGAGUGAUGGACGGAACACCCUGUGGACCCUACGAGUCGGACCUGUGUGUCAACGGCAGGUGUCAGGUACACACACAACACACACACACACACACGCAAACUCAAUGCACGCAGAUGCACGCUCUCACACACACAAGGCAGACUUGUGUGUUGAUGAAGAAAAAUAAUGUGUUAUGCACUUCCCACACAUGAGAAUCCUGGUGCUGGGCUAAAAGAAUACUAAGAUAAAGAAAUGAUAAGAAAUUCCUGUAGCCAUUAAGCACUGGGGAGCAGCAAUAUUCUGUGUCCACGCCUCUCAUUUCCUUAGAAGUGCAGAUGGCAAUUGGCUAUGAGUGGUGCAAUGUUUCUGGCUGCUCCUCCUACCAUUGGCCUUCCUCUACUGCCCUGCUGCACUCCCUCUGCCCUGUGACAGAAUCCCUGUUAGAGAGAGAUGAUGGGACCUGUCAGUGUCAGCAGGUCACUGGAGAAGGUCUCUGUAGGUCACUGGAGAAAGGUUUUCUCUCUGUCGGUCACUGGAGUAGGGUUUUCUCUCUGUCGGUCCCUGGAGUUGGGUUUUCUCUCUGUCGGUCCCUGGAAUUGGGUUUUCUCUCUGUCAGUCACUGGAGUAGGGUUUUCUCUCUGUCAGUCACUGGAGUAGGGUUUUCUCUCUGUCAGUCACUGGAGUUGGGUUUUCUCUCUGUCGGUCACUGGAGAAGGGUUUUCUCUUUGUGCUGGUGGAUUUAAUUGUGUCUUGGUUUAUCUGUGUCCUGAUCUCCCCCGUCUCUCUCCAUCUCUCUCUUACUCCCUCUCUCUCUGUCCUGAGCUCCCUCUUGUGUUCUCACACUCUCUCCUUUUCUGUCUCUCACCCGACUCUCUCUCUCUCUCUCUCUCUCUUGCUUUCUCUCUAUCUCUAUCUCUCUCUCUCUCUUUCUCUCUCAGGCCUGCGAAGGCAGAGAUUUAAUUGUCUGGGAGGUAACUGGGGUCAUAGUACCACUUCCUGUUUCUGUCAGGUUAGUUGUAUUAACAGCUAAGCGCUGGGACAGCCGAUAGAAGAUAGACAGACAUGGAGGACAGGAUGUAGAGGAUAGAGGAAGGGAGGGAGUUUUCAGAUGAGAAGAUAUUGUCUAAAGAAAAUAAAGUAGGUAUGAGAGACAAAGGAAAUAAGAUGGUAAUCAUUAUAAUAAAAUUGACAGAUUGAAAUGAUAAACUAGUCUGUUAACCUGCUUUACACUGUAAGAGGGGAUUCUCACCUCGUCUUGGCCAUUUUCCUGUCCCAUUCUUGGGAUUCAUAGCCACAGGCUCAGUGGUGGAUAAACGUGUGUGUGUGUGUGUGUGUGUGUGUGUGUGUGUGUAGCAUAGUUUCAGAAGGAGUAGCCAGCUGUUGUCAAUAGAUACUGGUCAUCUGCUGAGCCAGCAUUUGGUUCCCUACACAUGGGAGACAUUAUGUGUCAUGCUUCCCUCUACACACACACACACAUACACACAAACACUCUCUCUCUUACACACACACACUCUCUCGCUCUGACUUACACACACACACACACAUACAAGUCUGUGUGUCUGUGUCAAUAAUUGUAUCCAUAUUUUGUAUUUCCUGGAUUUAUCCUCUCUCUUUUCAUUGGCCAGUGAGAGGGGAUUUCUCCUCAGUGUUCUGGCGGCCAGCAUUAACAAAUAAAUAAACACAGAGAGAGAGCGAGAGAGAGAGACUUUCAACUUUUUGUCAUACUUUAAUGAGCCAUCCUCAUUACACUAAAAACACCACAACCCCCCUAAAAAUGCAUGACGUGCCACCACUACCUCCGCACAACCACAUUACACAUUACAAUAUAAUACACUGUCCAGCACCACAUUACACAGUAUAAUACAAUACACCCUCCAGCACCACAUUACACAGUAUAAUACAAUACACCGUCUAGCACCACAUUACACAGUAUAAUACAAUACACCCUCCAGCACCACAUUACACAUUACAAUACAAUACACCGUCCAGCACCACAUUACACAGUAUAAUACAAUACACCCUCCAGCACCACAUUACACAGUAUAAUACAAUACACCCUCCAGCACCACAUUACACAGUAUAAUACAAUACACCGUCCAGCACCACAUUACACAGUAUAAUACAAUACACCCUCCAGCACCACAUUACACAGUAUAAUACAAAACACCGUCUAGCACCACAUUACACAGUAUAAUACAAAACACCCUCCAGCACCACAUUACACAGUAUAAUACAAUACACCGUCCAGCACCACAUUACACAGUAUAAUACAAUACACCGUCCAGCACCACAUUACACAGUAUAAUACAAAACACCCUCCAGCACCACAUUACACAGUAUAAUACAAUACACCCUUCAGCACCACAUUCCAACCAUACAUCCAACCCCUCCUCUCCAGCCGUACAGACAGCCCCCUGAGCCCCCAUACCUCCUGAAAUAUCUCCACACUGUUAAAAUAAUUGUAUAAUACUCAAACUCAACACUAAGGCGUGCAGACCAUCCCUUUGAAUAAUAACACCGGGUCUGACCCGGUUACUUCUUGUUAGCCGUAUGGCCAACUUGUCCUGGUCAAACAAAAAGUUCAACAGCACUUUUCAAUGCUGGAAUACCUUUUCACUGCUGAAAUACCUUUUCCCUGCUGGAAUACCUUUUCACUGCUGAAAUACAUUUUCCCUGCUGGAAUACCUUUUCACUGCUGGAAUACCUUUUCACUGCUGAAAUACCUUUUCACUGCUGAAAUACCUUUUCACUGCUGGAAUACCUUUUCACUGCUGGAAUUCCUUUUCACUGCUGGAAUAUCUUUUCACUGCUGGAAUAUCUUUUCACUGCUGGAAUACCUUUUCACUGCUGAAAUACCUUUUCACUGCUGAAAUACCUUUUCACUGCUGGAAUACCUUUUCACCGCUGGAAUACCUUUUCACCGCUGAAAUACCUUUUCACCGCUGAAAUACCUUUUCACCGCUGGAAUACCUUUUCACCGCUGGAAUACCUUUUCACCGCUGAAAUACCUUUUCACCGCUGAAAUACCUUUUCACCGCUGAAAUACCUUUUCACCGCUGAAAUACCUUUUCACCGCUGGAAUACCUUUUCACCGCUGAAAUACCUUUUCACCGCUGAAAUACCUUUUCACUGCUGAAAUACCUUUUCACUGCUGGAAUACCUUUUCACCGCUGAAAUACCUUUUCACCGCUGAAAUACCUUUUCACUGCUGAAAUACCUUUUCACUGCUGGAAUACCUUUUCACUGCUGGAAUACCUUUUCACUGCUGGAAUACCUUUUCACUGCUGAAAUACCUUUUCACUGCUGGAAUACCUUUUCACUGCUGAAAUACCUCGGCCCCAUCACAAACAUACCCACAGAGAAGGCCACCCCCAACCUCACACACAGAGAGUGACACAGCAACAGUAAUGACAUUACCCUGGUACACACAGAAAAAAAUAAAGAUUGUAUUUGAUAAUAACAUAAUCAUAUCAUACUUCGAUUACAUUGAGACACGACCAUAUGUAUCUCUCUUCUUUCUUUUCUUAAAAGGCAAAGUGGAAGUAUUUAAGAUAUUGUUAAAUAACAGCAUAUAGUGAUGAUGAAGUUGUACAUCACACUACUGCUAUUGAAACUCACCUGCUGCACACGAGUAGUGACAGAGCUGUCUUGGGCCUGGUGGCUCUUCACCUGCUGGUUCUCAGUGGAGCACUGGGAGGAAGGACACGUCCACAUAUUUUUUAAAUUGAUUUAUUAAUUUAAUAGACGCUCUUGUCCAGAGCGACUUAUAGGAGCAAUAAGGGUUAAGUGCCUUGCUCAAGGCACAUCGGCAGAUGUUUCACCUAGUCGGCUCGGGGAUUCGAACCAGCGACCUUUCGGUUACUGGCCCAACGCUCUUAACCACUAGGUUACCUGCCGCCCCAUUGAUGGAUUGAGACGUGGAACUGUGACGCUCCAGCUGAGUACUGAUGAUUUUCUGAAUGAGUCUCGACACCGGUGAGCUUCUGGGGGAUGACAAACACCUCGUCUGGGAUGAGGUAGACUCCGUCCUCCGUGGUCUGGCACUGGGAGUAGCUAAAGUUCAUGACUCGUCCCAUAUCCAUGUUCCUCAGGUUGUCCCAUCCCUCACCUGGGAGCACCUCUUGGGCUAGGGCGAACAGGUUGGUGUGGCACUGCGAAAUCCAUUGCUGGGAGGGCUGAGUGGGUGAAGGACACACUGGUGGAGCAGAGAGAGCACUAGCAGGGUGAAUGCUCUCAGAGCCAUGGCUUGGUCAGAUGCGACUUCUAUGAGGAAAAGGUGAAGGAAUAUAAUGCUCCUCACUUGCUCUUGUCACAAUGCUGUGCAGCUGGUUUCAUGUAAAGGGCAGAGCAGUUCAUAUGCCACAUAUAUCAGCCGGUUCUAAAUGUCAAAUCUAAAUGGCUUGGUCUUUUAAGCCUGACGAUGACUUCCAAGUCGAAACAUUGCACAGAAACACAGUGGAAGCAUUCAUCAGUGUGCAUGUCUCUCUAUUCUCUACUGAUAUAGGAUCUUCAUUUGAUCACCCUGUUGCAGGAUAACUUUUUGAGGUAUUUGAGGUUUAAAAAGGCUUCUGAAGUUUGUGAUUUCCACGUACAAAUUUUAGACAAAUGUAUCAACCCCUACAGAUAUGUCCAUUAAUUAUAAUCCACAUAAUAAUUAAUAUUUCCUGUUGCUGCAGGAUUAUUUUCCUGCUGUUGCAAACUGGCUCAAAUGAAGAUCCUACAUCUGUAUUCUAUCUAAAUCAAUGAAGUCAAACAUUGGACAGUAAAAGCAGACAAUGAUGCCAGACCAUAAUAAGUGUUUGGCCUUACAUUUAUGAUGUAAAACUUAGCAUCAUUUUAAAUUAACACAAUCAUAGUGGAGAUCAUUUGACUAAUCAAUUUAGUCAUUAAAGUCAUGGCAAAGCGUAUAACAUUGAUUGUAGCAGUGUGUGUGUGUGUGUCCUAGCCGCCAGGCAGGAAGUAUGUUGUCAUUAGUACCCUACUGUCCAGUGGUGGAGUGUUAGGGCUGAUUGCUCCAAUCUAUUAUUUUCUCAUCUUACACACACACACACACGCAUGGACACACACACACACACCACACACACACACUAAAGCUAGUCUCUUUCACACACUCCCUCCUCUUCCUAUCCUCUACCUUUUCCUUCUCUCAAUCCGUCUAUUAGUCUAUUCCUUCCUCUCCUUUCUCUGUAUCCUCCUCUUUCCCCCUCCUAUUCCUUCCUCUCCUUUCUCUGUAUCCUCCUCUUUCCCCCUCCUAUUCCUUCCUCUCCUUUCUCUGUAUCCUCCUCUUUCCCCCUCCUAUUCCUUCCUCUCCUUUCUCUGUAUCCUCCUCUUUCCCCCUCCUAUUCCUUCCUCUCCUUUCUCUGUAUCCUCCUCUUUCCCCCUCCUAUUCCUUCCUCUCCUUUCUCUGUAUCCUCCUCUUUCCCCCUCCUAUUCCUUCCUCUCCUUUCUCUGUAUCCUCCUCUUUCCCCCCUCCUAUUCCUUCCUCUCCUUUCUCUGUAUCCUCCUCUUUCCCCCCUCCCUAUUCCUUCCUCUCCUUUCUCUGUAUCCUCCCUCUUUCCCCCUCCUAUUCCUUCCUCUCCUUUCUCUGUAUCCUCCUCUUUCCCCCUCCUAUUCCUUCCUCUCCUUUCUCUGUAUCCUCCUCUUUCCCCCUCCCUAUUCCUUCCUCUCCUUUCUCUGUAUGCUCAUUUUCCCCCCUCCUAUUCCUUCCUCUCCUUUCUCUGUAUCCUCAUCUUUCUCCCUCCUAUUCCUUCCUCUCAUCUCUCUGUAUCCUCCUCUUUCCCCCUCAUAUUCCUUCCUUCUUCUCCUCUACUUUUCUUUUUCUACAUAUUUAUCAUCAUCUGGAUGUAGGUAACAAGAGGAAUGAGUCUCUCUCCACCCUCUCUGUCUCUGUCUCUGUCUUGCGCUCUGCCUCUUUCUCUCUCUCUCUCUCUCUCUCAGCUCUCUCUCUCUCUCUCUCUCUCCCCCUUUCUCUCACUCUCUCGCAGCUCUCUCUCUCCCCCCUCUCUCUCCCUCUCUCUCAGCUCUCUCUCCCCACCCCUCUCUCUCUCUCUCUGAACCUACUGACCCAGCCACAUCGUCAGGCUCCCCAGUUAAACCAAAACACAGCCACACCCUGAACCUGAUCACUUUCACCUGCGAUAACAGAGAGAGAAACAGAGAAAGAGGAGUGAUGGAGGGACACGGAUAAAGAGGAGUGAUAGAGAGAAACUGAGAAAGAGGAGAGCUAGAGGGAAACGGAGAAAGAGGAGAGAGAGAGGGAAACGAGAAAGAGGAGAGAGAGAGGGAAAUGGAGAAGAUAGAAGAGGAGGAACAGAAAAGAGGAGAGAUGGAGGAACUGAGAAGAGGAAGAUAGAGGAAACGAGAAGAGAGAGAGUGAGAAAACUAAGAGAGAUUUAAGAGUCAACUUAUGAAAUCAUGUUAGGGGAGUAUAAAAAAAGAGAUAUUAGGGAACAUAAAUACUGGAUAGUAUGAACCAGAAAAUGCGUAUAUCUAGAUUAACGUAGAAUAUUUAGGAUAAACUGAAAAGGAGUGAGAGGGAACUGAUAAAUAGAAUGAUGUAAACUUAUAGACAUAUAAUGAGCCAAGACAUAAAUGAGGAGUAUAUCUGAGUGUAACCUGGAAACAUAUUAUAGAUCUGUGUAACCCUUAUAUAUAUGGAGACAUGCGGGAACUUUUAAGAUAGUAGAUAUCAUUGAAACUCUACAAUAAGUAGAUAGGAAACUGAACUAUAUAGAAAUCUGAAACUGAUAUACUUAGUCCUAGUAUUACUCUAUACAAUCAUGAUAGUAUGAUAAAACUGAAAGAGGACUUCACAACGGAAUAAUAUGAUGGAACAUAGUUAGAAUGAUUUCGAUGUUAUGCUAACUACCUGUAUGAAACUUCAUAUAAGAGAGAUCGGGAAACUAUAAAAGAGGAUAAGUAGAAACCGAGAGAGCGGAGCAAACAUGAGAACAAGGGAAGCAACACGGAGGAGUAUGAUAGAAAGACGAGAAGAUUAGGAGGUAGAAGAGGGAAGUGUCGAUGUUAUGCUAAGCUACGCUGUAUGAAAUUCAGGAAAGAGGAGAGAUAGCGGGAAACAGAGAAAUGAGAGAGAUAAGGAAACGUAGAAGAGAGAUAGAGAAACAAAGAAAUGAGAUAUAAGAGAAACUGAGAAAGAGGAGUAGAGAGAUGAAGAGAAAGAUUAUGUGAGAGAGAGGGGAAUUGUCGAUGUUAUGCUAAGCUAUGCUGUAUGAAAUUCAGAAAGAGAUAGCGGGAAACAGAGAAAGAGGAGAGAUAGAGGGAAACGGAGAAAGAGGAGAGAUAGAGGCAAACGGAGAAAGAGGAGAGAUAGAGGGAAACGGAGAAAGAGGAAGGAGAGGGAAACUGAGAAAGAGGAGGGAUAGAGGGAAACAGAAAGAGAGAGAGAGAAGCAGAGAAAGAGGAGAAAGGAAACGGAAAGAGAGAGAGGAAAGAAACAAGAAGGGAAGUAGAAAGGGAAACGGAGAAAGAGGAGAGAUAGAGGGAAACGGAGAGAGAGAGAGAAACAGAGAAAGAGGAGAGAGAGGGAAACUGAGAAAGAGUUGGAAACUAGAAAAUGAAUAAGGAAACAUAGUAGAAAGAGAUAAGGGAAACUGUAAAAAGAGAGAGGGAACGAGAAAGGAGUGAUAGUGGUGAAACUGAAUAGGAGAGAAGGGGAAACUGAACCUAGUGCGGAGAGAUAAGCGAGACAGAAAGAGUGAGAUAUAGGGGAACCGUGUAAGAUUAUGCUAUAGAUGAGAAGAUUGAUGUGGAAGAGGUGAAUGUCGAUGUUAUGCUAAGCUACGCUGUAUGAAAUUCAGGAAAGAGGAGAGAUAGCGGGAAACGGAGAAAGAGGAGAGAUAGAGGCAAACGGAGAAAUGAGGAAGAUAAGCAAACUAGAAGAGGAAUGAAGGUGAAACUGAGAAAGAGGGAUAUAGAAACAGAAAACAGAGAUGGAAACAGAGAAAUGAGAAAGUUAAACAGAGAAAUAGAGAAUAGAAAAGAACAGAGCAUAGAGGAUAGAUAUAGGGAAACGAUAAAGAUGAGUAGGAAACUGAGAAUAGAAGAGAUAGAUAAAUGUAUAAUAGAGUAGAAGAAAACAAUAAGAUAUGAGAAGAUGGAACAAAAGAGGAGAUGAUAGAAGAAACAAUAAUGAGAGAAGAGGAUAAUGAAAGAGAGAGAGAUAGAAUGAAACAUGAGAAAUAGAAAGAUGAGGGAAACGUAGAAAUAUGAAGAGGGAAACUGAGAAAAGAGAGAAGGAAGAAGAGAAAUAUUAGAAACCUUAUGAAAGAGGAGAAUAUGAGGGAAACAUGAAAAGAGAUAGAAAGAAAAGGAAAGGGAGUGAGUAUGAUUUAACUUAGAAAGAGAAGAGCAAACAGACAGAGAGAUAUAGAUAAAAACUGAAAAGUAUAGAAGGGUAAACUUGAAAAGGAGAGAGAGGGAAACGGAGAAAGAGGAGAUAGAGAAAGAAACUGAGAAAGAGGAGAGAGAGAGAGAAAGAUGAGGGGGGAGAGAGAGGGGAAGUGUCAAUGUUAUGCUAAGCUACGCUGUAUGAAAUUCAGGAAUGCUGUGAAAACAGCGUCACAGAGAGGGGACAGAGAGAGAGGGGUGGGGAAGAGAGAGGGAGAGAGAGAGAGAAUCAGAAAUGUUGUGAAAACGCAUUCAGUCUGGUCAGAAGAGAAGCCUAAAGGCUGCUUGGUAAGAAUUGAGCUAAGGAGACCCACAUGAUGCUGCUGCUGCCUCACUGAAUCAGCUAAAUUAAAUCUUGGUCCAGAUUCUGUGCGUGCGCAUGUGUGUGUGUGUGUGGGUCCAUAUGUUCGUAGUCUGUUUCAGCAAAAAUUACUCUACAGAGUAUUACUGACUCAGGCAUUCCAGGAAACAACACACACACACACACACACACACACACACACACUCCUCACACACACACUCCACACACAAUGACUGACUGUGUGUGUGUGUGUGUGUGUGUGUGUGUGUGUGUGUGUGUGUGUGUGUGUGUGUGUGUGUGUGUGUGUGUGUGUGUGUGUGUGUGUGUGUGUGUGUGUGUGUGUGUGUGUGUGUGUGUGUGUGUGUGUGAAUAUUGUUGUUAGUAUUUUACUGUGUUUGCUGCACAUACUUGGGAUUGUGUAAAUGGCUUUGGGUAGUUGGAGUUGUUUGUGAGAGCACGGCUGAUUUAACUCUGUGGUAAUUGCUGGGAAGGAUUAAACAAUCCCUAAACAGACAAUAGGUAAUGUGAUGGUGAAUCUAGACUAAUAUCACACAUUAUAGCUUCCCUUUCCGUUUUUUACAAUGGACCAACUUGUUUCCACAGACAUUUGGAGUGUUCUGGGGUCGUAUUCAUAAAGUUUCUUCCUUUUAGAUCCUAAUGAAUAAGAUUAUACAGACAGGGGGAAACUGAUCCUAGAUCAGCAUUCCUACUAUGAAUAAAGGCCCUGAUUCUCCAAGUCCCUCCUCUUCCUCUGUCCUUAUUGACUCGCCCUUGAAGAUCUGAGAGGAUUGAAUAGGUGGCAAUUCCCCUCUACUCUAUCAAAAAUACCAGAUGGAGCUAUUGGUAUGUCUUGUACAUCUAUCUAAUAGUUUCAAAUCCAUGAUGAGAAGUCAAUGAGGGGAGUGAGUUAGAGAGGAUCAGAACAGCCUUUUCCUAUUGUAUUACCAUUGUUUUGGAGUCAGAAUACAGACCCAUAGUCCGGUCAGGGUUUGUUCAGAGACGCACUUCAUUAGAGUGUGGCUGCGUCCCAAUAAUAUCUCCUACCUUCUCCUGACGUGUACUCUUGUUCACUACUUCCCACACGUCUAAAAGCAUAGAGUUUCCACCAUCUUUCUUAAACCAGUGAAGGGACACUUUGGUAGGAAGGAGAGAUCAUUGGGACGUAGCCUGUAUAUUCCUUGAUGUUGACUUCCUGUCUACUUUCUUUUGUUAAGUUGUCUACUUACUGUCUGCAGAAAAUCGGCUGUGAUGGCAUCAUCGGCUCGUCAGCCAGGGAGGACCGCUGUGGGGUGUGUAACGGAGACGGACACUCCUGUAAGAUAGUCAAGGGAGACUUCAACCACACCAAGGGCAUGGGUGAGUACUGGGUUGGGGGGAAGUUAUAAAGAUGUAUUUUUCAGUUGGGAAUAUAAGUCGAUGCCACAAACUGGGUCUUGUUCAUAAUGGCACGCAGUGGAAAACGUGUUAAAACAUUUUGCAACAGAAAAUGAAAAUGAGUGUUUAAUCCCUAGUCCUUCCCUUUCGGUCUGUUUUCUUCCGGUUGGUGCCUAAUGAACAGUACCCUGAUGGGAACAGAAAGCAGCAAUGGAAAAGGGAUGGGUGUAGGUUAUUAGUCCUUCUCCACUAAAAGAGAGGUCAGAAUUGACAGGCAAAUAUGAAGAGGAAAGAAAGGGAAAGUGGUACAACUGAGUGCAUUCAACUGAAAGGUGUCUUCCGCAUUUAACCCAUUUGGUGGACACAAGUUAGAGUUAAACAUAGGAGCUACAUUGGGCCGUUGGUUUUUACCUGCUACACUUGACGCAUUACCUUUGGCUGGCACUAGCAGAGCGCAAGCCGUUUUAGUUCUCUGGCGCGAGCUGCGCAUCAAAGUCUUGAAAAUAGAGCCAGAGCGGAAUUUUUACGCAGAGCAGUGUGAGCCUCUGGCGGUGCUGUGCUGCUUACACACAGGUUUCAUCUAGCAUAGCAGGCCAGGUUAGAUGUCACAGGAGGUGUCUUUUGCCCUGUGCUUAUGGGGCCGUAAUGUGACAUGUUACAUUCUCCCUUACAGGGAUACUUUGGGAUUUUGGCAAUGAGGCCCUUUAUCUACUUCCCCAGAGUCAGAUGAACUAUUUGUAUGUUUCUGUGUCCAGUAUGAAGGAAGUUAGAGGUAAUUUCGUGAGCCAAUGCGAACUACCAUUAGCACAAUGACUAGAAGUCUAUGAGUAUCUGUUAGCAUGCUAGAUAAAGGGCCUCAUUGCCUAAAUCCCAAAGUAUCCCUUUAAGGCAGUGGUCACCAAACUACGGCCCGCGGGCCGAAUACGGCCCGUCAGCACAUUUGGCCCGGCCCUCUGAACAAUACCAGAGACGCUAUCGGAUUUUUUUCCUAUUUGGCCUCCAGAAAAAAAAUCCUAGGCCCGGCCCUGUCAAAGAGAGAACGGAAUAAUGGCGAAAAGGUUAGGUAAGAGAAAAAUUGAUUCAGAAUGCAGGGUAUUUAACCUGCAGUGGACAAACGAUUAUUUUUUUGUUCAAUGCAAAGAAAAGGCUGUUUGUCUCAUCUGUCAAGAGACGGUGGCGGUAUUCAAAGAAUACAAUCUUCGCCGACACUAUGAAUCCCGUCACAAAGACAAGUACGAUAGCUUGCAAGGCCAAAUACGAGCAGACAAACUCUCAAAGCUAAAAAGUGGACUACUAUCUCAGCAGAAUACAUUUGUACGCCAAGCUCAGCUGAACCAGGCAUCCGUUCGGGCCAGCUUUCGGGUUGCUAAACUGAUAGCAAGCAGCGGUAAGCCUUUCACUGACGGAGAGUUUGUUAAGAAAUGUAUGGAUGCUGUCGCGGAGGAGGUGUGUCCCGAGAAGAAAGAUGCAUUUAAUGCCGUAAGUCUGUCGGCGAGUACAAUCACCAGACGCGUUGAAGAAAUCGGGAGUAAUGUAUAUGCCCAGCUGCAGCAGAAGACGAAAGAAUUUGACCUUUUUUCAUUAGCACUGGAUGAGAGCACGGACGUGCAAGACACAGCGCAACUGCUCAUUUUUAUUCGUGGAGUUAGCGCAAACUUUGAGAUAUGCGAGGAGCUGGCAGCCCUCCAAAGUCUCAAAGGGACUACAACGGGAGAGGAUAUUUUUGACAAAGUGUGCCAAACCAUGGAGAAGUUGGACCUGGACUGGUCAAAGCUAGCUAGCAUCACGACUGACGGGGCUCCUAGCAUGGUGGGCGAAACUCGCGGUCUAAUAGGACGCAUGAACCGGGAGUUGGAAAAAAGGGGUCUCACCGCCCCGCUAACGAGUCCACUGCCUAAUUCACCAGCAAGCACUGUGCUGCAAAGUGUUGACGUGGGAUUCUGUAAUGAAGGUUGUGGUGUCGUGCAUAAACUUCAUCAGAUCAAAGGGACUUAAACACAGGCAGUUCCAAGAAUUCCUGUCUGAACUGGAGUCUACGCACGGAGAUGUGCUGUACUACACAGAGGUCUGAUGGCUGAGCCGGGGCAGAGUUUUGAGGCGUUUUUUACGAGCUGCUACCCGAAAUUAACGCAUUUCUUCAUUUAAAAGACAAAACGGUCCCAGAGCUGAUCGACCCAGAAUGGAAAUGGCACCUCGCAUUUUUAACAGACGUGACAGAAAUACUUAACAGCCUUAACUUGCAGCUACAAGGCGAGGGGAAACUCAUUUGCGACAUGUAUUCACACAUAAAAGCAUUUGAGGUGAAAUUAGCGCUGCUUUUGGAACAAGUGAAAAAGCGCAACUUCGUCCAUCUUCCUGCUACCCAAAACCUGUCGACAGAGAACCCAGCGGUCCCGUUCCCAGCUGAAAAGUGCGUGGAAGCACUGGAAAUGCUGAAGGCGGAGUUCGGUGUGCGAUUCAGUGAACUACAUGUUCAUGCAAAAGAAAUCCGUCUUUUUCAGAACCCCUUUGUUGCCGACAUUGAUGAAGCCCAGCCUUCAUAUCAGUUUGAGUUGGCUGAGUUACAGAACUGUGAUGUUCUGAAAGACGCAUUCAAGCCCAACAGUCUCAUUGACUUCUAUGCCGCCCUCCCAAACGACACAUAUCCAAACAUCAAAAAACACGCAAUGAAAAUGUCCACAGUUUUUGGCAGCACGUAUAUCUGCGAGAAAACCUUUUCUCGCAUGAAACUGCUGAAAACUCCGAUGAGAUCAAGAUUGACAGAUGAACAUUUGCAUCAGUGCUUGAGACUGGCUGUAACUAGAAUGGAACCUGAUAUUCAACUUCUCACCAGCCAGAUGCAGGCCCACAGUUCACACUGAUGAACAUACAUAGGUAAGCUCACUUUUCUGACUUGAAUGAGUCAUUCUGAGCAUAAACAAAUAUAAUCAUAAUAAAAUCUACUGGGAUAAAAUCCAUCUUUACAACCAUACUGGUAGUGAAAUGUAUUGUGCUGUGUAGGUGCUGUAUCACUUAGUUCAGUUUCUCAACCUGCUUCCUUUGUGGUUUUCACAGGGAAGUUGAUGAGAGAGAGCUGCAAACAGCGGUGUCUACAAGCCUACUGGAACCUACAAAAGGAUUAUAAGGAAGGAACACAAGAACUUUAAGAGACUGCUCAUAUGUGUCAGAGAGAUUCUGCUCUGACAACUGAGCUGAACUUUUAUCUGUUAAGAUUGUGCAUGGCACAACAGAAAGUUAAUGUUCCAUGGCUUUUUUUUCUAUGAAGAACCCAGAGAGAGUUAUUUAGUUAUUAUUUAUUUCAUAAAUAGUGUUAUUUAUUUCCUGUUUUUUCUGUGAAGAACUCAGAGAGGGUUAUUUAGUUAUUAUUUAUUUCAUUAAUAGUGUUAUUAUUUGUUUCCUGACUUUUUUUCUGUAAAGAACCUGGAAAGGGUUAUUUGGUUAUGUGUGGCUUUCUGGAAAACAAUAAAUUUUUUAAGCUCCCCUACGAUCGUCACACUUUUUCUGUUACAAACUGACACCGGCCCCCCAUCAGAGAAGGGAAAAGUUAUGUGGCCCUCACAGGAAAAAGUUUGGGGACCCCUGCUUUAAGGCAUUUAACCUCUGGUGGAAAGUCACCGGGAACAAUCUUAGCAAGGUGCCCUACAAACACUUAAGGGUAUCUAGGGUAUCUGUAGCCCACCAGUGUCACUAAACACGUAGUACACACACACACACACACACACACACACACACACACACACACACCGGUGCUUCUGUCCCCCAUAGGUAAAGUUCAGUUUCACAGCCAGAGCAUUAUGUUUGGCAUUUAAGGCCGAUCGUUAGUCUGAAUAGAGACCUGUUGUGUUUUAAUUACAAGAUAACGCCCCAUUAUUCCCUUUUAAUGGCUUGAGGCCUGUGUGUGUGCCUGUGUGUGUAGUAUGUGUGUGUGUGUGUGUGUGUGUGUGUGUGUGUGUGUGUGUGUUGACCUACUGAAAGGCAUACAAAGACUCUGGGCCCUGAUGUGCAGAUGGUCUGAUUGUAAUGCCGCUCAAGGACAGAAGCUUUCUUUAUUUUAUUUGUAUUUAUUAAGGAUCCCCAUUAGUUCUGGCCAAGGCAGCAGCUACUCUUCCUGGGGUUUAUUAAGGAUCCCCAUUAGUUCCUGCCAAGGCAGCAGCUACUCUUCCUGGGGUUUAUUAAGGAUCCCCAUUAGUUCCUGCCAAGGCAGCAGCUACUCUUCCUGGGGUUUAUUAAGGAUCCCCAUUAGUUCCUGCCAAGGCAGCAGCUACUCUUCCUGGGGUUUAUUAAGGAUCCCCAUUAGUUCCUGCCAAGGCAGCAGCUACUCUUCCUGGGGUUUAUUAAGGAUCCCCAUUAGUUCCUGCCAAGGCAGCAGCUACUCUUCCUGGGGUUUAUUAAGGAUCCCCAUUAGCUCCGGCCAAGGCAGCAGCUACUCUUCCUGGGGUCCAGCAACAUUAAGGCAGUUAAAUACAAUAAAAAACUUUACAGACAGAUUUCACAACACAUUAAGUGUGUGCCCUCAGGCCACUACUCUACUACCAGAUACCUACAACAUUAUGAAAAUUAAUUAUGGACAAAAGCAGGAAUUUUCAUUCAGACGUUAAGAUAACAUUGGUCGUUCACACACCACUCUGACGGCAGUGUGAACAAGCGUGUGUGUGUGUCUCAAUGCGGAGAGAGAGAGAGAGAGAGAGAAGAGAGAGAGAGGAGGAAGGAGAGAGAGAGAGAGAGAGAGAGAGAGAGAGAGGAGAGAGGAGGUGAACGCCUUUUACCCCAUUCAUUCAAUUUGCUAAAGCCAUUCCGCCUGCCUCCCCUCUCCUCUCCCCCCAGUCUCCUCUAGCCACUGUAAGAGGGUUUCUACCUGUGUGAUGGCUAAACCAAGGGCUGUCCCCAAGUGUUUCUCAUGUAAGAUGCCUGCUCUGCGUGUGUGCGGUGCAUGUGUGUGUGUGCAGGACGUGUGUGUGCUUCCUGCCCUGACUGUAGUGUACAUGUUGGUAGACGGGAGUACCAGACCUCCUUGGGUUCUCCUGGGAUCAAUAGCCGAAACGCAGAUGGUCCACACACACGCACACACACACACUCAGUGUUCUUCACUCCUGCUCCUGGAGAGAUACAGUGUACAGGCUUUAGUUCCAGCCUGAUUCAAGGGCUUGAUGCGUGCAGGGCUGGAACAAAAUAGUGCAUUUGGACAGGAGGCUGGGUGUGUUUGGAAGGAUCCCAGACACACUGUGAAUCCCAACAGCUCGGCAUGGCUUGGCUUCCCGACCCUCCGCCUCGAUGAACAGACUGGGAUAUCUCGUGGUACUUCCUCAUCCACCUGGGUUGAGGGAGAAAAAUAAUAUUCCAUGGUGAAAACGAAAAUCGUGAAUCUCAUAUUGUUAAUCCCAGGAGAGCCCAAAGGAGGAUUGGUUGGGGUGCAGAGUAAUGUAUAUAAAUGAACUGUGUGUGUGUGUGUGUAAUGGUGUGUAAAUGUGUGUGUGUAAUCCAUGUGACCUCACCAGGAAAAACUCUGGGCCUUAGCGAUGGGGUGUUGUUUAUAACAGUGUUUCUGGGUGUGUGGUUUGUGGUGUUUUUCUUAUUGACUGUGUGAAGGGGUGCUCUUGCUAGAAAUUGCCCAUAGGCACAGAUCUAGGAUCAGUUUAGAUUCCCCCCAAUCCUAACCUUAACCAUUAGAGGGGGAGAAAGCCAAACUGACCUUUGAUCAGUGUCGAGGGAAACUUCUUACUCGUUACUUGUUCUUGUGUGCUGUGUAAAGGGGUAAUAGCAUGGUUGUGGUAAUUACAGAUCCAGCCCUGUAGGGCGGCGCUACAGUGAGUACACACAGGGAGUCUGUACAUAGUGGGGGUGCAGUAAAGUAGAACAAAGCAGCUCAAUAGGCCUGGCCUAGGGGACUGGAUUCUAAUGUAAGAUACAUGUGCGAAACUCUGAGUUUGGUAUCAAUCACGCAUUGAUGUCAAGUUUGUUACGUGCGGAUCUCAAGUUAUGAUUUGGCCCCUAGAGAUACAGAAAUAAAUCAAACUCAGUCUGCUAACACUAAAAAACAAAACAAAAAUAAUUGGGACAAUUGAUUUUGGGACGAUAAAUAUUUUGGGACAAUAAAGUUUGGACUCUGAAGAAUAAGCAAUAUGGAAGACCCACUCCUCCCCUCUUUAUAUAUCUACAGUAUGGAAGACCCACUCCUCCCCUCUUUAUAUAUCUCUCUUUUGUUCUCUCUCUCUUUGUUCCCCCCAUCUCUCUUAAGUUCUUUCUGAUUUCUUUCUCUCUCUCUCUCCUCUCUCUCUCUCUCUCUCUCUCUCUCUCUCUCUCUCUCUCUCUCUCUCUCUCUCUCGCUCCUCUCUCUCCUCUCUCGUUCGCUGAUGUAUCUCUUUUUCUCUCUUCUCCCUCCCUCCCUCCCUCCCUCCCCCUCCGUGGGUCUUUCAUAUCUCGCUCCACUCUGUAUAUUUGGAAAACUUUGACACAUUUGUGUGUAAGCCUCAGAAGUGGUCCUCUGUAGCUCAAUUGGUAGAGCAUGGCGCUUGUAACGCCAGGGUAGUGGGUUCGAUCCCCGGGACCACCCAUACGUAAAAAUGUAUGCACGCAUGACUGUAAGUCGCUUUGGAUAAAAGCGUCUGCUAAAUGGCAUAUAUUAUAUAUUAUAAGUAACAGUGGGACCACAGUAAGUCGCCCGAGGGCCUGGGAACCAAUGAGCUGCUUUGUAUCAUCACUACUGCCCAAACACUGGUGGGUGCUUGGGUGUGUGUGUGUCUGUGAUGAGGGAAGGGAAGGGCUGGCAUGGGUCUAAUCAGAUAUUUCUCUCCCAGGCGGGUUGAGGCUAGAAUCCAUAUCAUUAUUUCAUAGGAUCUCUGUGCUAGAAUCAAAGUGAUGUCAUAAAGCGGAAGUACUGUAUAUGCAGUGGGAUCCUCAAAAUGAUUGGAACAUUUUGCUCACAUAUACUUCCUGGUCUCUUUUAUGACACCUGUUGAAUUCAGAGCCAUACAUCUCUAUGUGUGCAUCCCAAAUGCCACCCUAUUCCCAAUAUAGUGCACUACUUUUGAGCAGGGCUCAUUGGGCUCUAGUCACAAAUAUUGCACUAUAUAGGGAAUCUGGUGACAUCUGGGUCACAACCUAUAUAUCCGUCUCUGGUUGAAUCCUUCCUUUCAAACCCAGGCUCCAUGUGAUGCUCCAGCACACAGAGACAGAAGGUAGUGGCACUACCUCUUUCUGUCCACCAGUAGUGAGUUAGAUCGCUGCUACUAUGACCCUUACUACCCUAGCUGCGUCCCAAAUGGUACCCUAUUCCCUUCAUAGUGCAUUACUUUUGACCAGAGCUUAGUGCACUACUUUUGAACAGGUGUAGGGAACAGGGUGUCAUUUGGGAUGCAGACCGUCUCUCUUUCUACUUCCUUCACUGUCCUCCUCCCUGCCUUCACACAGAAAAAGAAUUUCAGCCCUUUCCAAGUUAACAGCUUUGAUAAAGAACCAGCCCAGCCCAACCCUGUCCAUACUACCCCUUCCCCUCACUUCUCCUCACCGCCUGUCUCCUCUCACCCUCUCCUCACCCCAGGUGUGGGUCUGGGUGUGGCUCCACCCACCUCACUCUCUUGUAUGUUGCUAUAGGUUACAUCGAGGCUGCUGUCAUCCCUGUUGGUGCUAGGAGAAUCAAAGUCGUGGAGGACAAGCCCUCACACAGCUUUCUGGGUAAGACUGACACCCACACACACACACACAUACACACACACACACACACACACACACACAGAUAUAGGAGCACAUGCAGACACAUACACACACACACACACACACACACACACAGAGCCACACACACACUUACAGAUCAGUGGUUCCCAAACUGUGGGGCGCACCCCCAAGGGGUGGGCGCGAGGGGUCGGCAGGGGGGGGGCACGGUGGUCAACCGAACUCAGCCCAGCUUUCAACUUACUUUUGACAGUUAUAAUAAUAGAAUGCACAAGGUGCAAUUUCCAAAUUGGGUCGUGCAUCAUCAGUUCCUCUUGUCAUGUCAGUCAUUGCAGACCUUAGAGAGCUAUUUAUAACUUGUCAGAAAUGUCCAGAUCAACUAGCCCAUGUCAGCUAAUGUUGUUUAGCUAGGUUGUUUAGCCCAUAGAUUUUGUUGUAAUGUUUGAGUCACUCAAAUAUCAUAUGAAUACACAUUAGACAUGGCAAAAUGUAUAGAAUCGCAAGAAAAUGAGCUUAAACACUGCAAAAAUGUUCUCUGCACCCCAUGACAAAAUGUGUAGAAUUGCAGGAAAUAAGCUUUAAACUUGAAAAAUUCUCUCUACGACAAACAAGAGGGGUGUGAACAGUUUGUGUCAUGAACAGUGCUUGUACCCAUAGAAACAGAUGUGGCACGAGCGCGGGGGGGGGGGGGGUUUGUUCCUCAAUGCUGGAAGGGGGGCCUGAGUGAAAAAGUUUGGGAACCCCUGUUAUAGACAACUGCACAAGUUCAUAUUAUCUGUCUAACAAUGUCAACUUGUAUUCCCUAUAGCAGGGUACUCAACUACUAUUUGAGAAGGUCCAGUGACACAAAUGUCCUAGGUGGCAAAGGUCUGGAUGGAUAUCGUCAUAGUAACAAACCAUGUUGUUAUGUAAAAUGUUUUAAAGAAUACUGGUAAAUACAUUAAAUGAGACCAUUGGGCCUUGAAUUAUUAAAUAAUAUAUCAAUUAAAUAAAGUGCUUGUUUUUCUGGAGAACAAAGGAGAGUUAAAAAAAAAAAAACAUCUGGAUGCACAGAAAGUCACUGUUGGCCAUGGAAUAUUCAUGUAUAAGUCACUGUGGGUGAUGCAAUAUUCAUGUAUAAGUCACUGUGGACCUUGCCCUUGUAUCAAUGAGAGAAAUGACACUUUCUGUCUCCUGCCAAUCCUUUGAACUUUGGCACAAAUGGUGUGAGAGAAACUCUGAGACACUGCUGCAGGUGUCCAUUGGUGAGCCUGGAGCAGUAUUUCUUUUGAAUAAAGUUCAUUGUGGAGAAGGCUGAUUCACAGCUGUAUGUGGAGCCAAACAUGGCCAGGAUGACUAGUGCCAGUUUCUAGAGAACAGGGACAUCAGCUGCAGGCGCCAUCUUUCCAUAUUUUCCCAGAAAGUAAGACAGGGUCACAAAGCCACAUUUUCUUGCAGCUCAAUCAACUCCAUUUGCAGUGAUGCAACAUCUGCCCAUCUGAAGAUCUGUUUAAGCUUCCUCUGACAACUUUCUCACAUUUGUGACCAAAAUGGUUCUGGAUGAGCAGCAUCAGUUCUCUUCCAACAGUGAAGUCAUCAAAGCUAACCUUGAGGUUAUCCAUCAGCUUCUGGAUGAAAUCAACAUGGUUGGGAACAUCUUUCUCUCCCUGCGUUUGCACCAGAAGAUUGGGGAAGUGGACAAGUUCUCCCUGGAGAUCAUUUUUGAAAAGCUCCAAUUUCUUCUGGAAAGCCCGGACUGCUGUUAUCAUAUCACACACUGUGUUGUCCCGUCCCUGCAGCUUAACAUUCACUUGAUUAAGGUGUGAUGUCAUGUCUGUCAAAAAUGCAACUGUUUCCCUCUUCUCCUCAUCUUACCAAAACUCAUAAAACUGAGUUGCCGUGUCACUCUUUUUCUCUCAUAAGAAAGCUUUGAUUUCCUCCUGAAUGGCCCAAAAGCGUUCCAAAACCCUGCCUUUGCUGAGCCAUCUGACGUUGUGCAGUAGUAAGUAAUCAAAGCUGGCAUUGGCCUCUGUCAGAAAACCUCGGAGCAGGCGGUGUUGUUGAACAGUUUCAUCAUCGUUGUCAUGACCUCAGAAUACUAUUUUCCCAGACUGGCACACAGGACAGAUUGAUUGAUGAUGCAGUGGUAUGAUGUCAGGUCAGGGUGGUCCUCUUUCAAAAGUGCAACCAGUCCCCUCCUCUUCCUGACAUGGCUGGAGCUCUAUCUUUGGUGAUGGAGAACACUGACUUCAGAUCUAUUCCCCUUUUGGUCAGCAUCCCUGUGUGUCUGCUUCUAGAUUUGUUAAGCCCAACUGCUCCUCCCAGAAUUCCUUCUUUGUUUCAUUAUCGGCAGGUAGCUUAGUGGUUAAGAGCGUUGUGCCAGUAACCGAAAGGUCGCAGGUUCUAAUCCCCGAGCUGACUAGGUGAAAAAUCUGUCGAUGUGCCCUUGAGCGAGGCACUUAACCCUAAUUGCUCCUGUAAGUCGCUCUGGAUAAGAGCGUCUGCUAAAUGACUAAAAUGUUAAAUGUAAUUAUCAAAUCUGACAAACACCAGAAGCAGGGCAUGAUCAGUGUUAUCUGUUGAAUCAUCCAUAGCUAAUAUGGUGCAUUCUGAAUGACCUCAUCAAGUUGUGAAGUCAAAUCUUCAGCUAAUAUUUAAGUUCUCCUCAUUGCUGUGGAAUCUGACAGUGGGAUCUGUUUAAUCCUUUCACUGAGCUCAUCUUUCUGUUCAUCUUCAAACAAUGUGUCAGCAACUUCACACAUGCAUUCUUUUACCAUCUCAGUGUCAGAAAACGUUUUUGGGUGUUUUCCCAAAACCGAAGCUAUCCUCAGUGAACACUCCGUUGCACGUUGUUGGGCUGUCAGGGAAUUGACAUGGACUUUGGUGGACCUCCCAUAUUGUGAUUUGAGUUGGUUAAUCUUGUUUGUUCUCACCUCCGUGUUCAGGGGAUACGUCUGAUCGAUAUUACUAUGCAUGUAAUGUGUCAUGACGCUGAACAUUGCCACUUUUCACGAGGGCUACGGACUCGCUGCAUAUCAGGCACAUUCGUUUUGUGCUGGUUGAACAGUGGUGAAACAGUUGAACCGCGGUGAAAUAUUUAUGUUUCUUUCUGCCUGCUUUUCCCGAGGUUCUGCAGAGGAUAUUUGCAUUGAUGUGAUUGGGUAAGACACUGGCUUUUGUAUUUGCAUAUAACCACACGAUUGGAUUAGACGGGGAACUAGUAGUGGUGGGGGUUGUUUGAGAGAGAGAGAGAGAGAGAGAGGUUGCUGAGUUAGAGACCGCGGCGCCCGCUUGAUUUUUUAAAGUUGUCUAAAAAAGAAUUGAUUUACUUACAUAACUAAAUGCGAUAUUGUUCGGUCCGUAUUGACGCUUCUCUGGGUCCGGACCUGGACAGCUGUCCGCCAGUUGAGUUUGACUGCCCUGUACAGUCUUCAGCCAGUGCUAAAACACUCUGCACUGUCUACCAUGUAUUGUUCUCUGUCGACUCUGCAAGUAACUUUAAAAGCCCAUAAACACACUCAUUUGUCAGCUGCUUGUAAAGUGUUUGAACACUUUGCUCUGUGGUUUCCUUUUUGAGUGUUCUGACAACAGCUAUUAAAUAUUUUUCUAACCGUUGAGUGCUUUGUCAACACAAAGGGUACACAGGGGACUUGAGACAUCGAUGGCGUCCAAUUCUAGUUCUGUGUGUAAUGAAAGGAAAGUCCGGGAUCCUUUGUAGUGAUAGGAGGGAGGUGAGGGAUGAAGGGAGGAGAGGAGAGGAGGAGAGGGAUGGGGUAAGAGAGGAAGGGAGGUAGGGAGGGAGGGGAGGGAGGGAGGGAGGGAGGGGAUUGAGGGAGGGAGGGAGGGAGGGAGAAGAGACUGAAAGGCCAGCCACUCCCUAUGAACACACAUCUGGUGAUCUAAAGAAACACUCCAACACUACUUCCUUUUGUUCAGUGCGAGGCAUGUCUCCACCACGUUUUAUACGGUAAAGUUUCCCCAAGACGCUGAUCUUGGGUCAGUUUAGCAUUUUCCCCACUAAUGGUUAAGUUUAGGAUUGGGAGAGGAGAAGCUGAUCCUCGAUCUGUACCUAGGGGAAACUUGUGAAAUACAUACAGUGUGUAGAAAAAGAAAAGAGAAUUUAAGUUUUUGUAGCGCUGGUAAACAACACAAUGAUGACCAUGGAGCAGUGAUGCUAAUAUUCUCAUUUAAGUUGAUUUGAUGAUGUGGUUAAACACAUUUUGAAAGAUCUGAAGUAGUUUUUUUGUAUAUAGUUCAUAUUAUGCUCCUGGGCAGUUUUAUAGUAAAGUGUAUCAAUUAUUUUGAAUUCCAUCUAAAUCUGUAAGUUGAUGGACAUGUAGUAAAACAAACGUGUUUAGAGAGAGAGUCCAUUCACUGUGCAAUGUUUAUUUAUUUCUCUGGAACUCUCUCUGGUCGUGGAGUCCCUUCCAAAAGACUCAUUAAAACAACAUUAAUUUGGAAAAAACUCCAUUGGCUCGAACAUUCAAUUCUUAUGGAAUGUCUUACAGUACACCCCAACACUCUCUCUCUUUCUCUCUCUCUUAAUUUUCUCUCUCUAUUUUCUCUCGCACUCUAUCUCUCUCUUUAUUUUCUCACUCUCUUUAUUCUCUCUCUCUCUCUUUCUCUCUUUAUUCUCUCUUUCUCUCUCUCUCUCUAUCUCUUUAUUCUCUCUCUCUCUCUCUCUUUCUCUCUUUAUUCCUCUCUCUCUCUCUCUCUCUCUCUCUCUGUCUCUCUAUCUCUUUAUUUUUUCUCUCUCUCUUUAUUCUCUCUCUCUCCCCCCCUCUUUCUAAUGCAUUAUCCAACAACCUUAAGUCAAGCUCCUCUCUCUCUCUCUCCCUCUGGCCCUGUGCUCAGCUAGCUACAAAGAGACAGGGAACAGGGGAUAACCGUGGACAUGCGGUGAGGUAGUCUGUUUGCUGGACUUCACAACCUCCACAGUCUCCACAUCAAGGGACACUCUCUUAGUUGGAACCGACUGGGUCUCUGAUGCUGUGCUGCUUUCCUGUGGUUCAGGCACUGCGAGAAGUAAAACCCCACUGACCGGGGUCGGCUAUUUUCAAACAUGCCGAUUUGGGCUCCAAAAGUAUUUUUCAGAGAAGUCUGCCUGCCACAUUUUAAUUGUUUGUUUACUUUCUUGUACAUUUACAGUUCGAGCGCACAAUGCUAUAAAGGUCGACAUCUUGGUGGAGACUGUGGUAUGCUUACGUUCAAUGGAAGUGAUAAGGGCAAGUGAUAGGGAACCAUCUAACAUCAGGUUGUAACAUCCUCUUAAAUGAAUUCUACUUACUGGUUGUUCCAGCAAUGAAAGACUCUACCAUGAGGUCCAUCAACAGUGAUUGGAAGAUCGAGCUUCCUGGAGAGUUCCAGCUGGCCGGCACCACAGUGCGCUACGUCCGGAGAGGACUCUGGGAGAAAAUGUCUGCCAAGGGACCCACCAAGACCCCGCUGUACCUCAUGGUAAAACUAUCAUAUAGAGAGAGAGGGUGUGUGUGCGUUGGGGGGUUGUGUGUGUCUGCAGGAGGUGUGAGUGUGUGUAUUUGUGUGUGUAUGUGUAUCUGCCUUCCUACCAUGCAAAUGCAUGUUGAGCUGAUGCCAAGCAAGGAAACACACCCACCAGCAGCUAUUACCUCCCACAGUCUACUCCACAUGACAGAGAGAUCACAGGGGGACAGAGAGAGAGAGCAUGGAAAUUGGGCUUCAAAGGGAGGAAGUUGGUGUUAAGUUGUUUAGAUGGCCCUCUGGAGGCAUCAUGUGGUACAGAUGUAGUAUCUUAAUUUGAGCCAGUUUGCUACAGCAGGGAAAUAAUCCUGCAGCAACAGGAAAUGUGAGUUAUUAUGUGGAUUAUAUUACAUUUUUGUAGGGAUUGAUAUAUUUUCUGUAAGGGAAAAUCAAGUCUGAAAUUUCAAAGUGGAAAUUACAAACUUUAGAAGCCUUUUUAAACCUAAAAUACACUACACGUUUUACAUUUCCUGAUCAAAUUAAGAUCAUACCACAGGAGGUUGGUGGCACCUUAAUUGGGGAGGACGGGCUUGUGGUAAUGGCUGGAGCGGAAUAGGUGGAAUGGUAUCAAAUACAUCAAACACAUGGUUUGAUGCCAUUCCAUUAUUAUGAGCCAUCCUCCCCUCAGCAGCCUCCACUGGAUCAUACAUCUGUACAUCACUGGCAGGGAUUAUAGGGAAUGAAUGAAUGCUCCCUCUCUAUUUAUCUCUUCUCUCUCUCUCUCUCUCUCUCUCUCUCUCUCUCUCUCUCUCUCUCUCUCUCUCUCUCUCUCUCUCUCUCUCUCUUUCCUUUACAAAGUAUUUCAGGAUGUGUGGGAGCUUGGGGGAGGCUGUAUGUUCUGCUAGAGAGAGCAGGUUAAAUGUACAUUUGUAAUGUGGAUCUGGAUUGUGUAUUGUACUGUUAUUUUUAGGAGGGGGGGGGGGCUUUGAAGUUAGUGAGGAUGACUCAUUAAAGAAAAAAUUGUUGAAGUCUCUUUCCUUCUCUCUCUCUCUUUCCUCGACAUCUCUCCUCACUCACUCACUCUGUGUCUCUGAGCAUGACCCAGUCUCUCAACCCAUCUCUAUGGUAUACACUAUCAGGACACUGUGUCUGAACAUAACAAGCCAGUGUUUCUAAAAGUAACUUCCUCUCCCCUAGGUGCUGUUGUUCCAUGACCAGACCUACGGCAUACACUAUGAGUACACAGUGUCUCUGAACGUAACUGAACGUGAUAAUGUCAGUGAGGAGCAGAGAGCACCAGAGCACCUCUACCUUUGGACACACAGAUCCUGGCAAGACUGCAACGUACAGUGUGGAGGAGGUAAGACACACACACUGACACACAUCCCAAGGAGAGUCUUUCCAGGGUUUCUGAUAGCCGUGGGCUCCAUGCAUAGUGACUCUGAGUCUAUUCUAGCUCCUCCCCCUCCCACCCCCUCCAGUUCCCCCCACCUCCCUUCAGUUCCCCCCCACCCCCUUCAGUUACUCCACCCCCCCUUCAGUUCCCCCCCACCCCCUUUCAGUUCCCCCCACCCCCCUUCAGUCCCCUUCCCUAGCUGCUGCUGCUGUCCAGUGGGGUUACAUGUUAGAUAUGGGUCUCUAAUCUUGACUGUGGAGCGUCACGUCUGUGCCCCAUGCUUAUGCACUAAUCUGGGGCUGGUUGCCCAGUGCAGAGAGUCCGCCAGGACCAGGGCUCCACAUCAAACAUCAAACACAGCCCGGCUGGCUGGCUGCCUGGGGCAACGAGGGAUAGGGGAGAGGGCAGAUGGGCUGUUGUUCUUACACACUCACACGAGAAAACACACAGACAAACUGUUGAGACUAGUGAGGUUGGGUUAGUGGGUUACACCUGGGUGGUGAUGAUGGAGCCAUUUGGCUGGGGCUGAGGUAGAGGGUUGGGGCUUGGAGGCAGGGGUUAGAGGCUGUGUCGGAGGGUUAGAUGGACAGACUGUUGGGGCUGAGGUAGAGGGUUGGGGCUUGGAGGCAGGGGUUAGAGGCUGUGUCGGAGGUUAGAUGGACAGACUGUUGGGGCUGAGGUAGAGGGUUGGGGCUUGGAGGCAGGGGUUAGAGGCUGUGUCAGAGGGUUAGAUGGACAGACUGUUGGGGCUGAGGUAGAGGGUUGGGGCUUGGAGGCAGGGGUUUAGAGGCUGUGUCGAGGGUUAGAUGGACAGACUGUUGGGGCUGAGGUAGAGGUUGGGGCAUGGAGGCAGGGUUUAGUAGGCUGUGUCGGGUUAGAUGGACAGACUUGGCUAGGCCUGAGUUAGAGGUUGGGGCUUGGAGCAGGGUUAGAGGCUGUGUCGGAGGGUUAGAUGGGCAGACUGUUGGGGCUGAGGUAGAGGGUUGGGGCUUGGAGGCAGGGGUUAGAGGCUGUGUCGGAGGGUUAGAUGGACAGACUGUUGGGGCUGAGGUAGAGGGUUGGGGCUUGGAGGCAGGGGUUAGAGGCUGUGUCAGAGGGUUAGAUGGACAGAUUGUUGGGGCUGAGGUAGAGGGUUGGGGCUUGGAGGCAGGGGUUAGAGGCUGUGUCGGAGGGUUAGAUGGACAGACUGUUGAGCCUGGGGGGGUGGAGACAAAAAGGCCCAGUGUUGGCCAACUUCUGACCUCUGAUCUAGAGCACACCAGACAGGUAGAGCAGGCUCCCACUGUGGGACUCUCAACAGGGUUCACACGAACAUACACGCAAACAAAGGCACUCAAACACGUGCAUGUACACGCGCACACUCAUGCACGCACACACACAGUGGACAGCACACUGCAUACAUACAGUACAUAUCUCUUGUUUCGCCUAUUCAAUUGUGGUCCUCUGUAGCUCAACUGGUAGAGCACGGCGCUUGUAACGCCAAGGUAGUGGGUUCGAUCCCCGGGACCACCCAUACACAAAAAUGUAUGCACGCAUGACUGUAAGUCGCUUUGGAUAAAAGCGUCUGCUAAAUGGCAUAUUAUUAUUAUUAUUAAUUCUCAGUUCAUUGCUGAGAAUGCAAGUAUCUAGAGCUGAUUCUGGUGAUAUUAAAAAUAAACAUUGAGAAAAACAUUUUUUUUUUAUUAACUCAGAGCAACGUAUUUUGCCAUCAUCUAGCAGUAGAUGUGAAGUGAAUGGAUAGGUGGCUAGUUUCUGUCGUUUUAACCCUUAGGUGUAGAUUACCUUUACUAUAAAUUCAACUGAUGCAUCUCAACCAGCUAAAAAAAUGAUGGCAAAAAUAAGUAAAAGUAUCAGUAGUUUGUACUGCAAUUUGCUUUGCACUCAUCUCCACACUAUUACAUAAAUUAGCUGAUUUUUUUUAAAGGUUGAUUACUUUGUUAAAAUCUUUAGUUCUGGACUAUAGUAAAUCCAUCCAAUUAUGAACUGAAGUAACGCUCGAAGCAAGUCUGGUCUUAAUUAGAGUGAAAACAGCACCAUGACAUCAGCGGUUUGAUCACUAUCCAGUGACUGAUUAGCUAUAAUGCAUUGUUCAGUCUGAAUCAUCGGUAACAUGUCAUUUUGCUGUGAUAGGAGUUUCAACCUCUGCUGAUGAGAGGGUGUGUGCUUGUUUAGGUCUCCACUUUCCUUUGUUUGUCCGUUCACUCAUUUGGAGUGCUUUAACAAUGUCAAGGGUAAAGGAGAGGAGGAGAUGGGGGUGAGACGGUGCCUGGCUGAGUGAAGUCCUCAUUCGGAAAAGCUUUAGCAUCACAGCGCUAGCCAGCAGCUAGCCUUUAGCUUGUUUUAGCCAGUAAGUGGUUAGUUUGUUGUAACCAGCUAGCGGUUAGCUUAUUGUAGCGCUAGCGGUUAGUUUGAUGUAGCCAGCUAACUGUUAGGUUGUUGUAGCCAGCUAGUGGUGAGCUUGUUGUAGCCAUCUAUCGGUUAGUUUGUUGUAACCAGCUAGCGGUUAGCUUGUUGUAGCCAUCUAUCGGUUAGUUUGUUGUAGCCAGCUAGCGGUUAGUUUAUUGUAGCCAGCUAGCGGUUAGUUUGUUGUAGCCAGCUAGCGGUUAAUUUGUUGUAGCCAGCUAGUGGUGAGUUUGUUGUAGCCAGCCAGCUGUCUGAUGAUCUAAAGGGUUUUUCUUUUGGUUCAGUAAGAGUUACAGAGUCUAAGUAAGACCAAAUGUAGUGAAAGCGGGUGACAUGAUAUGAACCAGAGACCUUGUGUUGUGAAUCUUAAAGGCCCAGUGCAGUCAAAAUUAAGUUUUUCCUGUGUUUUGUAUCAUAUUGUACAACAGCUGAUGAACUAACACUGUAAACGUGUGACCAAGUUUGAUCAGUGUUAUUUCCUGAAAGUUGCUGGUUGAAAAUACAAUCUACACAGGACCUUCUAAUCAGCCGGGUUUGCAUGGGUGGGGUUUCGGUUAAAUUAGUUAAUAGAUCAAUAAUAAAGAGAGUUCCAAACCUCUCUGCCUAUAACAGCUACUUUUCAGAUUUCCCCUCCCCACUCAGACCACUCCCAGACAAUCCUAGCAAAAUUAUUUUUUGGUAAAAAGCUAGUUUUGUUUCUUUUUGACCAUUUUAAUGGAAAACUAUUACAGAUAUAUACUUAAUUGUUACCCAGAAAUGAUUUGAUAUUAAUAUAAAAACAGCUGCAUUCGGACUUUAACAUUGAACAGUUCCAGCCAAGAGGUACGUGCAUCGGUUUUGAGCUAAUAUACAUGGUCGUUACUGAAUAUUAGUUGAAUAUUUCUAAUGCCACAAUUUCUAAUUCAGACAAAAGUCUUACAGAAGAGUGAAAAUGGUCUGUAGCCUGUGCUCUGUGUAUGGUUCACUGAAUGGUCCUGUGGGGUCACUGUGGGGUCACUAUGGGGUCCAGUACUGUAAGUUGCUUUUGAUAAACGCGCCUGCGAUAUUGCAUAUAUCAGGGGUCGGCAACAGGCCUGCAAGUGUUUUUUCCCAAGUAUUCCCACAAAUAAAAAAAGAGACAGUAUGUGAUCGUGUCUCAAUGUAAUCAAGGUAUGAAAUGAAUGUUAUCUUUUAAAUACAAUCUCUUUUUGUGCUUAGUUGUCAUCAAUUUGCAGUGUACAAAUGACUAGAAUUAUGUUAUUGCCCCCCGACAAUCCGCUCCGUUAACCGUCAAGGAGCCUGUACACAGCGUUCAGAAAACGUUUCCCAUCACAGGAUUUGCACCCGAUAUUCCCAAGAUGUCCCGGAACUUCCUACGACUUUUGGGACGACGUAGGAACAUGAAACCUGUGACAUAAAUCGUGUAGUAGGAAGCUAGAUUUAGUCAUUUUUGAGCCAUAUAGUAAAAACCCAUGAGCACUUAACGCAAUAUAACACAAACACCCUAGUCCUUAUAUACUGUAGUGCACUUAACACAAUAUAACACAAACACCCUAGUCCUUAUAUAGUACACUACUUCUGGCCAGAGGGAGGGAGGAAGGAUGGAUUUUCAUAAAGUUGGAACAAAGCCCAGAUCUCGAGCCCUGCACAAACACGCGUAUGCACGUAUACACACACACACACACGCAUGCACGUAUACACACACACACACACACACACACACACACACACGCACACAGUAGUCGGGCCCUUACCCAGCAAGUGGUGGUUUGGAUAGGGGCCAGCUCAGCUCCAAAUAUAGGUCUUUAGUCCUCUGAGUUAGUGUUAAUUAACUGAGUUUUAUUGUGUAAUUGCCUUCGCAUUAGACCAGGCUAUGAUGUAGUUCAUUGGAGGGUUAUGCCGGUUGAGACAGAGGCUUGAACUGGGGGCUUUUAUUGAAUCCAUGUGUUUUGUGUGUGUAAAACAGUUUUCAUGUUUUUUGAGAAAGCAUCUCUCUCUCUCUCGCUUCUUGUCACUCUCUUUCACUGUAAUUUGUUUGUGUUUGUAUACCCCAUAUUAUAAGCGUGUGUUUGUGCAUGUUUGUGUGUGUGUUUCCAGGUGAGAGGAGGACAGUGGUGUCCUGUAUGAGGCUGGUCAAUAAGAGCAUGACUCUGGUGAAUGACAGCCUCUGCCACCCAGAGAACAGGCCGUUACCCCAAGUACGACGCUGCAACUCACACCCCUGCCAGUACAGGUGAGACACAAACACAUACACACACCACUUAUAAUCAUGGGUAUACACACACACACACACACGCGUACACACACUGCAUCAGGAAUAGUUGAAUGAGAAACAGGAGGAUGAAAAUAUUGCAUCAUGCUGUUUCUGAGUGAUUUAUAGAAAAACAGCUCCAUUGAGUUCAAUUGGCUAUAGAAGGAGGAUCCAGAAUACAUGUGCAGUUGAGUGCCUGUCAGCAUGCAUGUAUAGUGUGAUUGUUUCAUGUCCUACUCAGGCAGAGUUUUACAUUAGAGGAACGUGCAGCAGGGAAUGUUUCUGAGCUGUACUGCUGAUGCAAUUAAACCAGUCCACUGAUCUCUCUGUUCAAAGAAACUGGGCUGUAUCUCAAACUGGCACCCUAUUCCCUAUAUAGUGCACUACUUCCAUAGGGCUCUGGUUAAAAUUAGUGCACUAUAUAGGGAGUAGGGUGCGAGAUGGACGUGGGUUAAAGUGCCUUAUUACCUUAUCCACAUAAAGGCAGAGUGCUGUCUGGCCUAUUGAACCGGCCUCCCACUGACUCCCACUAAUAUACUUGUAUAUCACUCAAACUUCUGGCUAGAGACUUUAUAGUGACCCUGAUAGUGGUCUAUGACAUAUGGCAGUGGUUUUCAAACCUCUCCAUGGGGAUCCCCAGACAUUUCACAAUUUUGUUGUCGCUCUGAACUAGCUCACCUGAUUCACCGAAACAUGGGCUUGAUAAUUUGUACAAACAACAUUUAGGGGGUAUAUCAGCUAUACAUAUACAUAUACAAGGUCUAACAAAGUCUUGUGCUCGACAUCCUGGAGAGCUCAUUGGUCUUGGCCAUGGUGGAGAGUUCAACUAUGAUUGAUGAUCUGUGGGACAGGUUCGGUUUCAUACAGGUAACAAACUGAGAUUAGAGGCACAAUCCCUUUAUGGAUGUGCUCACUCUAAGCUUUGACCUGUUAAAAGACACAAUGGGAGCACAGAAACUUUCUGAUUGAGAGGGGUCAAUACUUAUUUCCCUCAUUAAAAUUCAAAUCAAUUUAUAACAUUUUUGACAUGCGUUUUUCUGGAUUUUUUUGUUGUUAUUCUGUCUCUCACUGUUCAAAUAAACCUACCAUUAAAAUUAUUGACUGAUCAUUUCUUUGUCAGUGGGCAAACGUACAAAAUCAGCAGGGGAUCAAAUACUUUUUUCCCUCACUGUACAUAUCCUUUAAAAAAAUAUAUUUUCCUUUAUUACUUUCCAACCCCACCACCCCUCCCCUAAUUGGAGUAAAAUAGUGAACAACAACACUUAGGCCUCUACUUCCAGCUUAUACAUACUUUAUACAUUUUAUGGACACAGUCAAUUUUACAAUUAUUCUAUUUUGUUUGUUUUUACUCCUGAACCACCUCUAUCCUCAACCUGUUCGAUCAUUUUCAUGAUGUCCAUCCGGUUUGCUUCUAUAUGCCAUAUCUUUCAAACUGUGCUCUUUCACAAAAGUUCUCAACCUGUAACCUAUCAAGGCCAGGUCAAAAGUAGUGCACUAUACUGUAUAGGGAAUAGGGUGCCAUUUGGGACGUAGCCAAAGACUCCCUGUAUUUGGUCGCAGUUGUAAAUGAGAACUUGUUCUCAACUGGCCUACCUGGUUAAAUAAAGGUGAAAAAAAUAAAACAACAGGACCCAGCCCAGUUAUACGUUUCUAAGACAUACAUUGAUGUGGAUAUAUCUUGCAGUCUCUUAACCCCUUUGCAUUCAUUCAGUGGAUCAGUCGGCUGCAUCUCUACCAUAUAGGCAGGACUUGUUAGGUACGGCCAGAGACUGAAUGGAAGUGGACAGUAUCAGGGCUGUAAAGAAAGGAAGAGGAGGAGUGAUAGAAAAACAUGGACAUGGAAGCAGAACAGAAUGCUGUUUCCACACACACACACACACACACACACAGAGAGAGAGGGCAUGAGAGGGAUCCAUAGAGACUGAGAGAGAUUAGAGAGAGUGUUGGGGAGAGUAAGCAUGAAGGAAGCGCAGACAGACAGACGGAGAAACAUAUAGACAGACGGAUAAACAUAUAGACAGAUGGAGAAACAUAUAGACAGACGGACAGACAGGCAGACGGAGAGACAUACAGACAGACGGACAGACAGGCAGACGGAGAGACAUACAGACAGACGGACAGACAGAGAGACUUACAGACAGACAGACUGGGACCUCUCCAUCUACUCUUUUAGUUUAUAAAAGUUUUCCAGAGGCCCCAGGUGUUUGGCUGUAACUCUUUACGACCUAAUUUCACCAGGCUAAGUACUGGUACUGUAAACCCUAAACUCUUUCGCAUCUACAGGGUAAUGUUAAUGAGGCACCAAACAAAGGAAAAUGCUCUGAAACGGGAGGGACUACCUGAACUUGGUCUAAUAAGAAAUGCUAUUUUUCCUUUUCUGUUUCAAAACGUUUUGCUACGAUGUGUCCUACUGAACAUGACCCAGUGGACUCAUCACCAUUACUUAAUGGGCAACAUCAUAACGUACAAAAGGCGCUUUGUGGUUUUAAUACUAGGAGGAUAGUGUGUUAGCUCUGUUUACUGUUAUGAAUGAGAGUUUAUGAGUAUUUCAAUUGCUCAGUUUAUGUCUGUGUUUUGUGUUGCAUAGCGAACCACUCCUGUUUAACACAGAGAACACUUAAAGGUCCAAUGCAGCCAUUUUUAUCUCAACAUCAAAUCAUUUCUGGGUAACAAUUCAGUACCUUACUGUGAUUGUUUUCAAUUAAAAUGGUAAAAAACACGCAAAAAUCGCUUCUUAGCACAGAGCAAUUUCUCAAGCAAGAAUUUUGUAGAACUGUCGGGGAGUGGUCUGAGUGGGGAGUGGGAAACUGAAAACUAGCUGUUAUUGGCAGAGAGGUUUGGAACUCUUUUUCUUAUUAUUAACUAAUUUACUGCCUGGUGAUGUCACUAGGCAGGCCAAAACUCCAUCCCACCAAAACAGGCUGAAAUUUCAUGCUGUAUUUUCAAACAGCUCUUACACUAAAAGGGCAUUAUCAUCAUGUUCACAACCUCAUAGUGUGGAAAUAUAUAUAAAACACAGGAAAAUCACGCUUUUGACUGCACUGGGCCUUUACUUGUUGACUGCCAUGUUGAUGAAAAUAGAUUUCUACACUUUCAUUUCUACAAAUCUGCCAACAUUGACCUGUUGAACAUUUUUACUGUAAUCAAUUCAAUCUGAAAAGACUUUAUUGCCAUGGAACGUGUUACCACACUGCCAAAGCAAACAUUUAGAAACAUAUUAAAACACAUACAAAUGAUAACACACGCACUCUACACACACGUACACAUGGAUUAUGUAUUGUAGAUAUGUGGUAGUAGAGUAGUGGCCUGAGGGCACACAUUUAAUGUGUUGUGAAAAGUGUUAUGAAAUGCAAUGUCAUAUAACUGCCUUAAUGUUGCUGGACCCCAGGAAGAGUAGCUGCUGCCUUGGCAGGAACUAAUUGGGAUCCUUAAUAAAUACAAAUACAAAUAAUCUCUCUCUAUCCCUCUCACUAUUUCUGUCUCUCUCACUUUCCCUCUCCUUCUUUCUCUAUCUCCCACCUCCCUCUCCCCCCUCUCCCCCCUCUCCACCUCUCUCUCUCUCUCUCUCUCUCCCCAGGUGGGUGACAGGGGAGUGGGGCCAGUGCUCGGUGACGUGUGGGAAGGGUCUACAGCUGCGUGAGGUGGGCUGUGUGUACCAGCUGCAGAACGGAUCCCUCAUCCACACACGGGACCUGUACUGCCAGGGGGGCAAACCCCCCGCCCUGCAGGGCUGCGAUGGACGCCACUGCCUCACUGUCUGGGAGGCCUCUGAGUGGUCCAAGGUCUGUUGUGGUGGUGGGGGGGGUUUGUAUAUGCGACUAUUCGUGGAUACGUGGUUGUGUGUUUCCGCACGUCUGUGUGUGUCCACGUGUCCAUGCGAAUGCCUGUGUGAGUGUAUCUGUGUGUAUGAGACACAGAGAGAGAGAAAAAAGUAAACCACUUACUUUCCUCAAAGCUUGAAUGCAGGAUCACUUAGAGCAGUGCAGCAGUAGUACUGCACAAAUAUGGAGAUCUGUCACCUUCUCUCUCUCGCUUCUCUCUCCCUUCACUCUCUUCCCUCGCUCUACUGAAGAGGAGGUGAAGUGGGUUGGAGAGGGGAGCUAAUGAACCACCACAGGAGGCUUCUAUAAUGAGUAACACUCUGCUCUCUCUCUCUCUCUCUCUCUCUCUCUCUCUCUCUCUCCUACUCUCUCUCUCCGUCUCCCUCUCUCUUCUUUCUGUUCUUUCGUCAUUUUCCGUCCCAUACUCAUGUCACCCAGUGGCCUGGAAGGGGGUCAAGCAAAUCAAUGGAAUAUAGAACUUCUAUCCCCGGCCACAGACCCGACGAAAACGAAGAUGAACGAUACGCCGACUGCUCCUCUACUCUGCACCUAACUUCCUCCCCCUUCACCGUCCAUCCCUCUCCUCCCCUCUCUCCCCUCCCCUCACCUUUCUCCCUCCCUCCUCCUCCCCCUCUCCGUCCUCCCUCCCUCCUCUCCCCAGUGUUCUUCAGACUGUGGCAGUGGGAUCCGUAGGAGGAUAGUGAGGUGCACCAACCCCCAGGGGAGAUGUGACCCCCUCUCUCAGCCUGCUGACCAGGAGCCCUGUGAGGACCACUCCAAAUGUUAUGAGUGGAAGACUGGGGACUGGUCCAAGGUAUGGGCCAUACUCUCUCUCUCUCUCUCUCUCACACACACACACACACACACACACACACACACACACACACACACACACACACACAGUCUAUCUCUCUCUGUCUAUCUCUCUCUCUCUCUCUUUAAUCAAAUAUCUAUUUACAGAGAUCUCCCAUGUGGAGAGGACUCUCACCCCAGAUGCCCCCUUCCAAUUGAUUAAUCCCUCCCUGUGACACAGUGGUGUAGGUGAUGCCAACUUGGUGCCAGUCCUGAUGUGGGCAUCUUGACAGAUAGCCCGACUGCACCUGCAUCGCUGUCUGCCUGCAUUCUAUAUGGCACCCUACUCCAUUUAUAGUGCACACACACACACACACACACACACACAAGCACACACACACACACACACACUCUCUCUCUCUGCUGGAGGAAUGGACUAAGGCACCUUGGCCUCUGUUGCCUCAUCUCUCCUUCACUCUGCCCUCACACCUUCCCAGCCACCACUCUCUCCUCCCAUCUGUCUAACUAGGGCAGGGCAGUAGAAACAGGCUCAUGUCCAUUUCAAUUCCUGUGGGUGAGAAAGGACAUGGGGAGUGUAGUUUAAUUCCUGAAAUGUAAUUGACGUCCUUGUCUGCUGUGAGGGGAGAGGUGUCUUCAGUUACACCCGUACUCGUACUACACACAGACACAUGUGGAUAUGAAGGAACACACAAACAUACGCACGCACCGCACCCACACACACACUCUCUGUCUUCCCUCUACUCACUGCACCACACUUUUAGGGCAGCAGAGACGCACACACACACACACAGACACACACACACACAGACACACACACACACACACACACACACACACACAGACACACACACACACACAGACACACACACACACACACACACACACACACACAAGGUAAAGUCCUCAGACCGGGAUGGUACACACAAGCAAACCUCCUCAUUAACACUUUGAACUACAGUAGGCGCCUGUCGGCUACUCUGAGACUGCAUCCCAAAUGGCACUACUUUUGACCAGGGUGCCAUUUGGGACGCAUCCUCCGAGCUGAACUAUACUCUUGUCUGCUCGGCUCUGGGCUAAAAGAAAACCCUCCAUUUACAAAACAUGUUCAGUAAUCAUUCUGUUUGUUUGCUUGUCUCUGUAGAGAUCAUUUCAAAACUGAAGAGUUCAGGAUGAAUAAAAGCUCUGAGUAAUGCAAAGUGUUUCCUCUCACGGCUGUGUCCCAAAUGGCACCCUAUUCUCUUUAUAGUGCACUACUUUUGACUAGAGUCCUAUGGGCCCUGAUCUUAAGUUGUGCACUAUGUAGGGAAUAGGGUGACAUUUGGGACGCAUCCUGAGUGAUUGUAACCUCAACUAACUCAUUCAGCUGCUCUGUUCUGUUCUGUAAUGUACUGCCAGGAAUUAAAAGACCAGUAUCUUAGUUAAUACAUUGACAAAUUGUCCAGAUAUCCUCCCCAAAGGGGAACUAAAUUACUACUAUAUGGACAGUUCCAGAAGGAAUAACAUCAAAGACUGCAAACUCUUUAGGUGGAACAGGGAUAUUGUAAAGAGAUUUAAAACAUCUUCAGAAUUGAGUAAAAUCCCUUCUGCAUUAAAAAAGUGACUCAUUUACAUUUACGUCAUUUAGCAGACGCUCUUAUCCAGAGCGACUUACAGUUAGUGCAUACAUUAUUCUUUUUUAUUUUUCAUACUGGCCCCCCGUGGGAAUCGAACCCACAACCCUGGCGUUGCAAACGCCAUGCUCUACCAACUGAGCUACCUCCCUGCCGGCCAUUCCCUCCCAUACCCUGGACGACGCUGGGCCAAUUGUGCGCCGCCCCAUUGGUCUCCCGGUUGCGGCCGGCUACAGCAGAGCCUGGAUUCGAACCAGGAUCUCUAGUGGCACAGCUAGCACUGCGAUGCAGUGCCUUAGACCACUGCGCCACUCGGGAGACACACCAGUAGGAUAUGAUUAUCAAUCCACUUCUAAAAAACAAAGACUUGUUUCUAUACAAAAUAUCCGUAUUGUUCCAAAUUAAAUACCUGUGUGGAGAAAAAUUAUGUUAAUAUAUAAUGACCACGCUAAGAACACUUGAAAAGCAGAUAAUUUUGUAGGAAUCGUAUCAAUGUUAUAGUUAGAAAGCAAACUAAAAUUGAAGCCACCAAAACAGGAGAAGAUAUAAUGACGGAUGAAAUUCCAAAUUGAAGUUGGAUUCGUUAAGAAAUAUUCAGCCCAAUUUACCUUAAAGUAUUAUUCAAAGUAGUCAAAUCAAACAAAAUGUACCAUAUUCAUAUGCGUCCAUAACGACAGAUUUCCUAAUAUAAUGUGUAUAAUUGUUCCAGAUAAAGUUGAAAAGCAUUUGGUCAACUGCUUUACCUAUUGUGUUGUCAAGAUGUAGGGACUGAGCUGUGGAAGUACAUCUGCAGAUACCCUCAGCUUUAGAAAGCAAUACUCAACCUUUCAAGGAGGAAUCCCUCUGCAACAAUUGGUUCAACUUCUUUUUAAAAUUUAAAAAAUAUAUAUAAUGGGAUUGAAGUUUAAUGAGCAUCUUUCCUGUUGAUUGUUAGAUAUGGUAAUCCCAAUGUAUGUUACUCUUUCCUUGACUGGAACAUUGCAGAUAGAGGGAAUCACACAGUCUUUAACAGCAAACAAUUCACACUUAUUAAGGUUUAAGUGAAGACCAGAUGGUUUGGGGAAAAAUAUGGUAACACUUUGUUUGGAUGGUCCAGCUGUAGAUGCUCUACAGACUAUCAACAGUCUUAUCAGUAACAUUUCAACUAACUAUCUACUAACCCUGGCUCUAACCCUACCCCUAACCGUAAACCUUAUCCUAACCCUAAACUAAACCGUUACCCUAGCCCUUACCCUAACCCUUAUUCUAAACCUUACCCUAACUGUAACCUUAGAAAGCAGUAGCUUAUCAUAAGAUAGUCAGUUGCUAUGCAACAGAUAGUUUGUUGGUAGUAUGACCAUCUGUAGAGCAUCUACAGAUGGACUAUGCAAAUAAAGUGUGACCAAAAAUAUUUAUCACAUCGACUGCUCUAGGAAUCUGGUCAGCAUCUCUCAGAAAGAGGGUGGCGUCAUCUGCACGCUGGCUUAUAAUAAUAGCUCUGUCAGCAAUGGAGAUCCCUUGUAUAUCGCUGGAUUUAAUACAACUUGUAAGAAGUUGUGUUGCAAGAUCAGAAUAGUCAAUAAGGUCUAACACCAGUUGGAUAUUAUUAGAUAUACAGUAUGUCUAUUCCUCAUGAACCUGACUGGGUCUCCUCUAUAAUUUAGUCCAAUACUGCUUUCAUUCUUUUUGCAAAUAUAGAGGCUAAUAUUUUGUAGUUGUUGUUGAGCAGACCAAUUGGAUGCCAAUUAUCGAGGAGAAGCAAGUCUUUCUUGGGUUUAGGGAUGAAUGUAAUCAGACCGUGAGUCAAACUGGGAGGGAGAGCAUUAUUGUGCUAUGUAUUUUCCUAAAGCGGAGUGAAUAGUGAUUUUAGGGAUGGUGACAGUACUGUAUCAAGGCUAGUUGUAUGUGAAAAAUGGCUUAAUGGUUAGAGUGUACGUCAUUAUCACAAACAGUUGUUAAAGCACUGUAUUCAGGUAGUUCAUUAUAAUAAAGACUACUCCAACUCAAAGCACAGUGAAGUGAUUUGCAUUGUAUGGAUGUAACCUGCCCAUUCCAACUUAGUUAACACUAGUGUUAUCUGACAGUCUUUCCCAAAUCUCUCCUCGAUGAACCCCAGUUCCACUUAUUCCAGCACUAGCUGAUUCAACUAAUCAAGGGCCUGAUGAUUAGUUGCCCAGUCAAAUCUAGUGUGUUAGUUUGCUUGUAAAAUCAAAUAAGUGAAAAGGCUGGGUUGUACUCGAGGAGUGGUAUUGGAAACAGGUUUACCGAACUGAAGAUCUACAGCGCGUCUCCAUUUCACAGUCUUAAAAAACAGAGACGGUCUGUUUUUGACAUCAUUUGGCCUCGCUACCGAGUGUCAUGUUCAGCUGCCUGAUACAGGUUCAGAUCUUAUUUCACCAUUCUAACAGUUAAGGUUGGGAUCGGGGAGAACGCAAUCUGAUCCUAGAUCUGCAAUUCUAUAGGAGGUUUUACAGGCCCACUUCCAACCCGGGGCGCCAGGUCUAAGUCUCGGGGUCACUACAGCAGGUCAGGGGGAGGGUCAUUAAAUCUCUGUCCCUGUGUGGAACUGGAGACAGGGAGUGUAUGUUUCCCCCCAGGAUGCUGAGAAAGGUGCGUCCGCCCCUCUCCUCUGCCCUUAUUUAACCACAGAUCUAGGAUCAGAUUGCAUUAUUUCCAAUCCUAUCCAUAACUUUUUGAAUGUAUCAGUGGCUAGGGGCAACUUCUACCUAUGACUCCACAUGAGGGAAUAGGAUUACAUUUCUCCCUGAAACUGAUCUAAGGUCCGUUUUGAGUUUCUGUCCCUGAUGCUUAAAUUAAGGACUUAGGUGCAGGGUAAGCUGAUCCUAGAUCUGUGCAAUGUCUACCUGGAGCUCUGUGAGGGGGCUGCGUUAGCACAUCUGCUUCAGUCAUCAUCAGACAAGUUGGAGAACAUCUGAAGGUUGUGUGUGUGUGUGUGUGUGUGUGUGUGUGUGUGUGUGUGUGUGUGUGUGUGUGUGUGUGUGUGUGUGUGUGUGUCUGUGUCUGUGUCUGUGUCUGUCUGUCUGUCUGUCUGUCUGUCUGUCUGUCUGUGCAGAUGGUGUAGACCCCACAGCCCUGUUCUCAUUAACAGUAAUCUCCACUAAUCCUUCAUCAGAACAUUCUAGAGAGGGUUUGUUAAUCCAAACUGGGCUAUUACGGAGCUGCAUUUUAUUCCAAGAAGUUGCACUCUCCCCUUGUACACACACACACACACACACACACACACACACACACACACACACACACACACACACACACACACACACCACACACACACACACACACACACACACCCACACACACACACACACACACACACACACACACACACACACACACACACACACACACACACACACACACACACACACACACACACACACACACACACACACACACACACACACACACACACACACACUCACACACUCACUCACACACACUGUUGGUAAUAAGUGCCACUUCAUUCAGGAGCACUACAGCAAGGCAGUUAACCCCCAACAACAGCUUCUCCCUGGGCGCCGAUGACGUGGGUGUUGAUUAAGGCAGCCCCCAGCACCUCUCUGAAGACACAUUUCGGUUGAAGGCAUUCAUUUGUACAACUGACUAGGUAUCCCCCUUUCCCUUUCCGCUAAAGCAAAGCUAUUCUCUAAGCUAAGAAAAUACAUGGACACGCCACUUCUAAAAUGAUAUUGCAUCAGAGAGCACCUGAUGUAGAGCAAUUUACCACAGACUGAGAUUUCAAAUGUAAUCUCUUUCCAGUUAUAUGAGAAUCAGAUACAUACUGUAUAGACGCAUUUAGACCCAUAAUAUCACAAUAUCACAAUACAGUACAGCUUGAAACACGCAAAUGGAUGCAAAUUGCAGUGUCUUGUCUAGCCGGGAAAAUGUUAUUGCUGUCAUAUCAUGAUCCUACGUAGCUCAGUUGAUAGAGCAUGGCACUUGCAACAUCAGGAUAGUUGGUUUGAUUCCCGUGAUCAGCCGUACGUUAAGAAACAAUUGUGAUGCACACAUGACUGUAACUUGCUUUGGAUAAAGUUGUCUGCUAAAUGGCAUAAAAUAAAAUAUCUGGAGAAGUUUAGUACUUUUGAGUAUUUUCCUACCUACUCAUUGUCUCGAUCCUUCUGAAGGAUCCAUUCUAGAGCCAACCUCUUUGUUAGGGCCACAGGCUUGUUAUAGGCUGGUCCAAACACAACCUCUACCUCCCACUGCUCUGGGGUUGGCUGAUUGGUUCAACCUCUACCUCCCACUGCUCCGGGGUUGGCUGAUUGGUUCAACCUCUACCUCCCACUGCUCUGGGGUUGGCUGAUUGGUUCAACCUCUACCUCCCACUGCUCCGGGGUUGACUGAUUGGUUCAACCUCUACCUCCCACUGCUCUGGGGUUGGCUGAUUGGUUCAACCUCUACCUCCCACUGCUCUGGGGUUGGCUGAUUGGUUCAACCUCUACCUCCCACUGCUCCGAGUUUGACUGAUUGGUUCAACCUCUACCUCCCACUGCUCCGGGGUUGGCUGAUUGGUUCAAUCUCUACCUCCCACUGCUCCGGGGUUGGCUGAUUGGUUUAACAUGGUGAUGGCUCCCUCUAUCCAUAGCUUGAGGCUCCACCAUAUUUCGUACACCCAGCCGUUUCCUUUAGAUCUGCAAACACAGAAGAGGUAUAUAAGUUAGAGGUUGCUUCUGGACCAGAGUCCAACUCCUUGUGUGUUAGGCAAGUCAGUCAUUAGUAAUUCCCUAGGACUUAAUCUUUUAAAGACUUAGUGUGCGUCCCAAAUGGCGCCCUAUUCCCUAACUCUGUCCCAGAGCUGGGGAUGGAGCUGGGGAAGAUAGGGCUGGGAGAGAGCUGGGGAUGGGGCUGGGAGAGAGCUGGGGAUGGGGCUGGGGAAGAAAGGGCUGGGAGAGAGCUGGGGAUGGGGCUGGGGGAGAGAGCUGAGAAUGGUGGAGAGAGCUGGAGGUGGGUUUCACUUUACACCUUGCCCCCCACUUUCUGUCUGAAAAGUUCUAUGUCACAUUCCUGAUGAAAGGACGUUCAGGUGCCAGCUUCUCGGUCAGUUUUUCAUUUUGGAAAUGUAAUAACAGGAAAUCACUGUCGGCUGCCAUUUAGUGCUGGGCUUAUAUCUUUGUGUGUUGUUCUGACCCUGUGCUAAUUGUGUUACUCCCACCCCUCUAACCAUCCAUAAUGUAUUACCUAAUUUUCUCUCCUAAUUAUGUUAAAGGGGAAAUCUGGGAUUGGUUCAUCCAUUUCUGGAAUUUUAAACUAAUGACUCAGAUAAGUUGUGGGGUGACCAUUGUUGUUGUUCUUUGAAUCCCAGGUUGCCCCUUUAAAGUCCUCAAAUUACUCCUCUGUCCCACUCCCCCAACGCUGGACAAUAUACUGACCGGCUCUCCUCAUCUCCUCUCCUCCCACCACUAUCAGACCAUAAGUCUAUUAGCAUGUAUUAGAAUAUCAUUCAGAUAAGCUGCUGAUUCAAUUGUGGUGUUGUUGUGAGUUAUGAGGAGGUCAUGCCUCUACAGGGAGGUGGCUCUGAUAUUAGAGCUAGGCUGCAUCCCAAAUGGCACCCUAUUCCCUAUAUAGUGAACUACUUUUGACCAAAGCCUAUAGGGGAUAGGGUGCCGUUUGGGACACAGGUGGAAGUCUUGCUGUGAUUGUGUCCCCAUCAGCUUGUCUCAUAAUGAAAUAAAUGUUUCAGAUAAUGUUCUCUCUGUCUCUUUGUUUGUGUCUUGGUUUGUUUGUUUGUGUUUGGCAGUAUGUGUGUGCUUUCACUGUGUGUGUGUGUGUUUGUGUGUGUCUCUCCAGGGCCUUAGCUCAUAGACUUAUCUCAUUGUGCGGAACACUCUUGAUCAUGUUCUUCAGUGAUAUUAAAAGCUCAGUGAAAAAACCCUCUGAGAAUCAUUCCAAUCCAAUACCUAUCGAGAUGGGGGAUCAUGAUAAUCGGAUCGUUUUAGCUCUGUGUCGGCUGGUUCAUGUCCUCACAGCAGUAAGGAGAGAGCAGUGUCAAGUCAACAAGUCCUUUGGUAGAACACAGAGCAGUUUACAAUAGCUAUUGAAAUGGCUUCCACUAAUUGCCUCUGUGAAGUGAAUAGUAAAUCUGCCCGCUUGAAUCGAGGGCCUGGGAACCGUUGUUGUUCAGUGUUAAUCAUUGGACGAGGCUAUAGCUGUUGGCUGCCAAGGCACAGGCCUGUGUACAAUGGGAAUCCGUUGUCUGUCGCCUCUGGUGUUUCCGAACUUAGAAUACCAAAGUCCUCUUUCUUUGGCCCCAUUCCAUCUUGGUUUCUCCUAGCCCCUUACCUCCAGCCCCUUACCUCCAGCCCCUUACCUCCAGCACCUCACAUCCAGCCCCUUAUCUCCAGCCCCUUCUCCAAACCCCUUGCCUCUAGCCCCUUCUCCAAGCCCCUUACCUCUAGCCCGUACUCCAAGCCCCUUACCUGUUCGUUCUUCACAGAUCUGAUUGGUUUGGAUAGAUCAAAUCAAAUCAAAGCAGGUCUAAGCUAUAUAAAAAGCCAAAGUGGUGGUCACAGCUAUAAUGUUACUUAGACCUAUCUAGUCCUUUCAGAUCUGUGAUCACUGAAGAGGUAGGAGCUAGGGGAAGGGCCUGAGGACAGAAAUGGAUCUUAGCCUCGGAGCAUAUAUUACUACUGAGACAAAGUACUCUGGCAGGGAUAUUUGGGACUCCUAAAUCAGUCUAUUCAAACAUAGAACACAGCCUCCAUCUGUAAUUAGUCCUGUUAGGGAUUUAUCUCAACACUACUAUAUACCACACUACACCCUUAUUUGUUAUUUAGGUCCAGCCACUUCUCACAUUCGGUCAUGAAGUGGGCUCUGGUCACAAGUAGUGCACUAUAUAGGGAGUAUGGUGCCAUUUGGGGUGCAGCCUAGGUCUAUGGAAGAUUACAUUUACUUAAAAUGUGAGGGGUAAAAGUAUUAGGCAGUGAUUAUGUCCUAAAAAGACUAGGACAUAGACAUUGAAGAUUGUUACAAUUGGCUCUCAAUGCCAACAUACUUCCUCUCGAGUUUGGAAGAGAAAGUAACUCAAGUGAUUGGGUCUUUCCAGUGCUCGUCAUCCUGUGGGAAGGGCCUGCAGUCCAGAGUGGUCCAAUGUAUGCACAGAGUAACGGGUCGCCAUGGUAAUGACUGCCCCGUGGUGUUCAGACCACCCACCUACCGGCCCUGCCACCAGGAGGCCUGCAAUGAUAAAGUCAACGUCAACACCAUCACCUCCCCCAGAUUAGGUAACCUAGUGUGUGUGUGUGUGUGUGUGUGUGUGUGUGUGUGUGUGUGUGUGUGUGUGUGUGUGUGUGUGUGUGUGUGAGAGAGAGAGAGAGAGAGAGAGAGAGAGAGUGUGUAUACAUAAGUGGGUGCACACACACUUAGUAUAUGUGUGUACUGUGUUUCUCUGUCUGUUGACGUGGCCCCUGUGCCCUUGUUCCUAUGUGCCCCUGUUCCUCUCCAGCUGCUCUGACCUACAAGUGCACAGGAGACCAGUGGACUGUAUACUGCCGUGUGAUCCGAGAGAAGAAUCUGUGCCAGGACAUGAGAUGGUACCAGCGCUGCUGCGACACCUGCAGAGACUUCUACGCCAACAAAACACCCCGCAAGAGUUAAUGAUCAAAGCACUCGCACACAUACACAGACAGACAGACAGACACACACUUCACUUAGUGCUAUGAUUUUAGAUGCCUCUGUAACACUUUACUUAAAGCUUGCGGGUAUAAUGCUUUAUAAGUGGUUAUAAGCAUGGAUGAGCCUUUAUAAUGUGUUAUAAUAAGGCUUAUAAUAUGAUAUGUCUCUCUGUGUAUCAGCAUGUUAACCGACUCAAAAUGGCUGUUAUUUAUCCUGGAUCAGGAGAUGACACAAAUAUAUUCUAAGGGUCUCAUGGCAGGUCUUUAUGCCGGCAGGCUUUAAGUAAAGUCUUACUGAUGUUUUUACAGAAUUAUUCAUAUUCUUAUUAUUAAUUAUAGGACAAUCAAUUUUGGGAAAGAAAAGUAGAAAUGAGUGCAGAGACCAUUUCAAGUGGGAUCAUAAGCUUGCAGUGUCAUGAAGACUUGAAAACCUUUUACUUGUUUUAUUGCUGUAAACCAAAGCGAGGGACUUCGAAGUCUGGAGGGUCUCUCGGUAGGUAGCCUGUCACGUCAACGUUUGUUGUACAGUAUGAUUUAACAUUAGCGUUAACAUAUGCGAUAACACUUUAUGUGGAUAGUCCAUUGUUGUCAGAUUGUCUAUAGAUGCUCAGUGAACUAUCAAAACAUGUCCGAUUUUCAAAUGCACACGCCGAAUCUAAGAAUACAGCUAGGGUGGCUGAAUAUGAGUAAUUGUAUGUUACUUACAUAGAUAGAAUGUACGUACAUCACAGGAGGCUGGUGAUGGGGAGGGCUGCUCAUAGUAAUGGCUGGAAUGGAGUG